GUCAACUCGGGGACCCCAUAUCGAUCGGUGUUGUUCCCAACGACUGCCACGGUAUACGCCGCCGUCGCCGCCGCCGCCAGCAGUUUGCGUAUUCCGAUCGUCACGGUGAUGGUGUCCCGCACUCGCUAAACGACGACGUUCCCCAGUCAACGUAAUAUCAUCGUUCGAUAGCAGGGGAAAAAAAAAAAAAGAGAAGAUGAUUUCGGCCAAAGUCCUCGUUGUGCUGUACCUAUACGCGUGCACCGUCCACGAAUGCGUCCAACAGGACAACGGGCCGGUCAAAACGGCUCUGUAAGUACCCACCUAUAAUACUAGCACUAUACAUCGCCGCUAUUUCAAUAAUAUUAUUAUUAUAAAACUACCUUUAUUAUAUAAUAUUACCUAUGCACGGUCGUAAUAAAACGUAAUGAAACGAAUAACGAUAAAUCCUGCCCGCCCCACGAUUAUUGAGCAUGUUGUUAUAAAACCAGCUGUAAUUAUUAUAAUAAUAUUAUGCGUAUCCGUAAUAACUGUAUCCCAUUGUGUUUUUGCGUCGUUUUCCACAGACUGCAAACGUGGGCCGACAAAUUAUAUUUCGAAUUGUGGAAUUGCGGCGAAUACAUAACCAAUCGGAAAUCACUGCUAGCCGUAAGUGUUCACCAAUUUAUACUUUUUUAAUGCGAAUUUAAUACAGGUGUAUAUCUACCAGUAUGCAGUAGUGGCGCCUGAGCUCGGUGACGAGGGGACAGUGGUCGGCCCCUUAUUCAAAGCUUUGAGGGUCAAACAUAUUAUUUUGCCUUCUCCCAAAAUAUAUAGAUACAGUUUUAUGAGUAAUAAAAACAAAUGUUUAAAUAUUUUAUUAAUUAUUAAUUCUAUUAACAUUCAUUAAUUUCAUUAAUUAUUUUCUCACGAAUAGAAAUAUAAAUCAUUCGAAUUUCAAAUAAAUAUUAUUAUAUUAUUUUAUAACAUAACUGAUAUUAAAGUUUCAAAAAUCAGCCGAAAUUGAUUAUUAUUCUGUAUACAUUAUCACUAUUCACCACACAAAUUAUGUAAUUUGAUAUUUAUUAAUCUAUAGAAACACUGUAUAUCUACAGAAAUUUAAUAACAUUUGGUUUUUAAUUUUAAGUUAUGUUUGUAUCCAAUGAUGUGUUUAAGUCGGGACUCAAAAUUAAUGGCAUUGCAAUUCUAUUUCACAUUUUCACAAAUUCAAAAAGUUUAUCAUUAUAGCUGUCCAUAAAUCAUAUAAAUAUACUAGUAUACUGCAUACAUUACAUACAUUACAUACAUUACAUACAUUACAUACAUACAUUUAUUAUAUAAGCAUUGAGCAUUUAAAAAAAAAUUAUGUGUUAUAGUUGUAAUACAUUUUAUAUUUUGAGUUCUAGUUGGAAAAAACAGAUAAGGGAGGUGAGUCCUUCCUCUACAUGCAUAUCGCGAGAAAAAAACAGGUCUCAGAAAAUAAUAUAAAUGGAAAUGCAAUUAUAAAAAAUAUACAUUUUUUUUAAAUGUGUGUAUUCUUGAUUAUGUUCGAAAUGAAAAAAAAGGCUGAUGAAAUUACUGUGGAAGUUAUUGGGGGAAACUACAACAAUUUUAGCCGUUCACCAUUAAUAUAAAAAAAACUUACCUGUCUACCUGCUUUAAAUGUUUUUAUCCAAAAAUCUUAAAAUUAACAUUUUUAAAAUUAGUUCAGAGAAAAUCUAUCUAAAAAUUAAUCUUUAAUAUUAUUUUUAUCAUACAUAAUAACGAUUGAAUUCCAACAUUCGGUCGCGAAUAAAGAUGGUAUAUGGCCCAGUUUUACGUCGCAAAGUUUAGGUUUACAUUCAAGAUAUAUUUUCCAUACAUCCGACACUUUUUUUCAAUUAUUAUGAAAACUGCUUAUUGAAAAUCAAAAAAUUGCCUCCCUCCAAUACAUCAACUAGAUCCAAAAUAUAACAAAAAUGGCUUUUUGUAUUAUUUUGAUUGAAGCAAGAUUUCUAGUGAAAAAAGUGUUCUCAGACACAAAAAAAAAAGCAGCAUAAUAAAACCAAUAGAUCUUUUGCUACAAUUAGAAUUUAAAAUGUCAUAAUACAAAUGUAUCAUCGAAAAAUCGAAAACUACACAUAACAAUAAAAAGAGUGGAUUCUGCUGAUGGAUGUCACACUAUUUUAAAUGGAAAAUUAGAAAGCUAAGAUACAUAAAGUUAUUUAAUUUAUGAGUGUAGUGGUGGAUAGGUCCAUCGAGACUCCUUUUUUGACUAAAUGAACCCUAUAGGGAUGGUAUUAUAAUCGUGAUAUGGAUGGCAAAGAUUACAAUUUUUACUGGGCCAUAGGUCUUACGAUUGCUAACGAGAGACGAUUCUGAGUGAAUUUCGGUUAAACAUGUUUUGAAAUGCUGUAAUCAUUAAGAUUUUCGUCAAAAACAGAACAUAAAAACCAUAUAAAAAAACUACUAUAUUACCCUUAAUUUGUUUUAUUUUUGGACAACUAAUUAUAACUUAUGUUAAACCUCAUGUAAUAUUUUUUUCAACAUUACUGAUUGACUAAAACAAUUGUAUUGACAUGAAACCAAAAAAAAAAAGGUGGAUGACAUGGCGGGUGGGCCACUUUAUUGUAGAUGCAAAGUUGGGAAGGUAAGAUAUAGAGGGGAAUUUAAUGUAUAUAUCUACGUUAUAUUUACGAUUUGAAAAUAAUAAAUUUCGUAAAUUUUCCCGUUUUUCUGAAUCAUUAUUAAAAUAGUUAGGAAAACUAAAAAAUUACAUGCUUAAAAUACUAAAAAGAUAAAAAUUCCUUUCAGAAAAGGUGCUACACUUGAUACAUCGGAGCAAGAUAUCUGUUAGAAAAGUUGUUCAUAGUAUAAAAAAAAAAGUAAUACAAAAAUAAAUAAAAAAAUAUCCUAUAAAUACUUAUAAAUAGCUCAAAAAUCGUCGGAAUGUUUUGAAUAUUUUAGGACUUAAAAAUUAUUUUCAACCGAAUUAUAACAAAAAAAAAAAAAAUCGAAAAUUAUGAAAUUUUUAUUCUUGUAAAUUUGUUCGUUUUCCCUAUAUUUUUUGAUUAUUUACCUACAAUUAUUAUAAAAAAAACUAUUUGAAAAAUCAAAAAACUACUCCUAAAUGAAGCAACUAAAUCCAAAAUGUUACACAACACCGUCUUGUAAUUUUAAUUGGGGCAAGAUUUCCACUAGAAAAGAUGUUAAUUGAUUAAAAAUAAAUCUCACAUCCAUGUAAACCAACAAAUUCAUAUAACUACCUACUUAAAGGGGUAAUUAAGGCGGCGCAGAUGUUUUACUAUUCAACGCAUAAAUUAAUAUGUGUUUUAGAUUCUGAGGUUUAAAUUCACACCAUUUCUGUGGAAAUAGAUUCACUUGAUUUUCAGCCAUUCAAUACUAUUCUCUAGUUAUUGAAGUAAACGUUUGUUUUGUUGAACAUCUGAUUUCAAUUAAGUCUUUAUCAAAAAAACUAAUUUGAUUGAUAUAUAUAUAUUUCCUUAAGUUCGAAUUUUUGCAUUCUCUUCUUUUUUAUUGUUUGAAUUUUUUUUUUCUACAAACUACAUCGUAUGUUACUUAUUAUUGAAAAUAAUGUAGUUAGUAUUUUAUUAUAUAUUGUUUUUUUCUAUAAAUUAUUAAAUAUUAAUACUAUAGCCGCAUCCACUACGUCGUGCCGUUACAUUUUUACUUCCCCUGCUAUUAUAUGCCAGAUGUAUUGUAGUCAUUUUAUAAUACUUUGAGAGCAACUGGUACAUUUUCCUUUAGGUAAUUUGGACUAAAUUGGUAUAAAAGAGUUUCUUUUGAUAGCAACUGGUACACAGCUGUAUCAGUUCCUAAUUUUAAUUUAUUUUUAAUGUACAUGCGGAAACAUACAUUUUGAAAAAAAAAAUCAUACAAAUUGAUUGUACGCUAAACCAGAAUGGUUUCAAUCUAUUGUAAAAUGUACAAUCUAAACAAUAAAACAUUACAAUAUUUAAUUAUACAAACAGUAUGCAUUUUACUCAAAAUUCAAUCUGAGACUUGUAUACAAUUUAGAAGUAAUGGAUUAAAAAUGAAGAAGAUGUGUGAAAAAAAAUGCUAUUUCCUGGGUAAUACUAAUAUGAAGUAAUAAUUAUUAUGCGACCAAAACUCGUGCGCACUUCUCAUAAGCCAUGGCCGCAACUCGUACAUGAUUCAGGGAUCGAACUACGAUUCAUUGACGCCAAUUUAAAAUACGUUUCGUCUAAUAUAAUUUGUUUCAGCUUAAUUACAGUUCGGUGGUUUUAUUGUCUGUUGUUUUACGCGUCCCUCCGCAAAAUAUAUAAUAUGUUUUUAACAUAAAUAUGUGCUUUUAAUAAAUUAAAAAGAUAAUAUCAUUAAGUGAAUUAGUAUAUAUAGUUUAAAUAUAUAAUUAUUAAUUACUAUAUUAGUACAAAUAGUAAAUAGUGAACUAUUUAACUAUUUGUGUCACGCUUGGCAUGGGCUAAUAACAUUUUAAUGUUUUUUUCAAUUGAACGUAAUAACUUACAAAAAUUCAAAUAAUUACUAUUAAAUGUAUAAACAGUGUUUUUUAAGUUUCAAAAAUUAAGCUUUAUAUGCAUGACGUCCUACAGUGCUACAGUGUUAUUCUUAUGCUAAUAACUCUAUCAAUAUUCAUUUUAUUUUUCAAUUGGGUUUUGUGCAAGGAGGACACAUAUGUAGAGAAAAAUUAGGGGUGAAAAUAAAAAUAAAAUGUUUUCUACAUAUGUGUCCCCCUCGCAUAAAACUUGAUUGAAAAAAAAAUGUAUAUUGACAGAAUUAUUAGCAUAAGAAUAACACUAUAGGACACCCUGUAUUUUAAAUUCACUUUUAGCAAAUAUAGAAAAAUAUUAAUCUAACUGUUUGUCUAAAUAUCUCUCAUAAUGUAUCUACUUACUUAUUAAAUUAUUGUUUACCUACUUAUUCAAAAGGUUUCAAAUUGUGUUACAUAAUAAUAGGUUUAAAACGGUUGGUAAUCAACAAAGUUAAGUAAAAUAUUUUUUUGUAAAGUUUAAUGAACUUUUAUACUCAUAACAAUAUUUUAUUCGGUACACGAUUUUGAAAUCUGUUAAAAGAUUAUUGAACAAAAGUUGUUUAAAGUCAUUGAAUAUUUAUUAUACAAUUUUACCGAAAAAUCUAUACCACCCCCUGAAAAUGUAUGACGAAUGAUAUGAUAUAUUAUGUGAAAUGAGUUAUGGGCCGAUUAUGAGUCAUCUUGUUGACAAUAAAAUAAAAAAUAUAUUCUGUUAUAUAAAUAACCGUAUUUUAACGAGCUACAAAAUAAGUCAUCAUUAAGCGUAUUUUCUUAAUUUUUUCCCCAGAUGUAAAAAUUCCUAGAUCUGACCCUGCCUUUGUCGUAUCUUCUUGGAAAUUUACGAUACCCUUGCGGGGAUGAUAAUAUGAAAUAAAUACUGAUUCCAAUCACAUGUAGUUUAGUUCGGUAAAUGAAGAUUCUGCCACAAUUUAUUAUUGAGUUUAUUGUUAAUUGCUUAAUGGUUUAUUGUUUUGGCCUUUAUAGAUGAAUUAUAUUUUUAUAACUUUAUAACUUUAAAACUGCGAAUCAAUUUCAAUGAAUUUUUUCCGGGCACGGAUUUCGGUUAAAACCUAGUUUUAUGUAUAUAUAGGCACCAGGUUUUGUGUUAAAACUGGGUUUUAUGCAUUAAAAUUAAAGGGCACCGGACUCGAGUUAAUAUCGGAGUUUAUCUAUUGAUGGGUACCGGGUUUCGGGUUAAAACUGAGUUUUAAUACUUAUCAAAAAUGUAUUACUGUUUUUUGUUUUACUUGUAGGAUGGAGUCUUCAUUUAUAGUCAAAUACGAGACACUUAAAUUUAAUUUUGAUGCAUUGAUUCAUUGAUUUAAAAUAACAUAUUAUAAUAAUACUAUUUUUGACUUUAGUGCUGUAAAAUUAAUGAAUUAAACCACAUUAUUAUUUUAUUUUUAUAAAUAUAUGCGUUGUAAAUAAUCUUUUCUUUUAAAAUAUAUUAUAUGAUAACCCAAAUUUUAGUUGUUUUAUAAGGGUAGACCUAGUUUAAUCAUGACCGGGUUUCGGUUUAUGAGUAAAAACCGUGUUCGCGAAAUAUUCAGACCCUGGCUUUGGUUUUAACCCGGUUUUAAAGCCUUUACCGGAUUAUGGGUUUCGGGUUCAGCCGGGUUUUGAUUUUUUUUCGUGGUUUUGGGGUUUUAAACCAACUGGUUACAUUCCCUGCUUUAAAACCUGAUAUUUUUUAGUUUCCUUCGUAAACAAGUUAUACUUUAGACCCGGACAUUGCGCCACGUUUUGUCGCCAGUCAUUUAACGGUAGUUUUGAACGUUGGAAGGGUCAACAUUUUUUCAUCAAAUGAUUGUACUUAUUUAUGUUAUGAAUGAUGUUGCAAUCUUAAUAAAGCGGUUGAUCUUAGUUUUAGAUUUUAAGUGGAGCGAAAAAGCUUUUCGAGUUAAAACACUUUGAAAUCAGUUUACAUAAGUAUUAUGUUAAAUAAAUCGAAAUUGUAUUUUCCAUAUAUUAGAUGUCGUAUUCUAAUGAUGCGUACUAGGCCUAAUCCGUGUUAUAAAAGUAUUUUUCCUAUACUUUUUUCAAAUAGAAAAAAUUGUCCUAGACAUUGUUUUAGAUGUUUUAAUUUGUACCCACUACCUUAUACAAUAAUAAUUAUUAAAAGCACUUUCCUUGCAAAAUACAAUUUUUUACCCUGUGAUAUACUUGUGGUCGUGUUGCUUAGUAAAUCAAAGGAUAUUUGCGUUUAAUAGUCUUAGAGAGCAUUAAUAGUAGACUAUAAUAGUGGAGACUAUAAUAAAUAUAACUAAUUUUAUAAAAUAUAAGUAACGUAUAUCUGUGAGACAUGGUCGACGAUUCAAGGGGAUAAAGAGAAACUUCUUAUCUUCGAUAAGAUCUUACCGAUAAAAAUAUAUGAAUCUAUCAAAAAUUUAUUAAAUGGGGACUAUGAAAGAAGGCAAAAUACCAACUUGGAAUCUCUAUACGAUAAACCAAAUAUUAAAUGUUUCCUGAAAGCCAAGCGUUUAGAAUGGGCGGGCCAUGUAUGGUGUGCUGAAGAAAGCAUAACUCGGAAGGUGUUGAUCAAUAAACCAACUAGCAAGUGUCCUAGGAGAAGAUCUUGGCAACAGUGGUAGGACACAGUCAAUGCAGAUGUAAGAAUGAUAGACGGAACAGCAGGCAUCGAGAUCACUAUUGACCAUGACGUGUGGAGGAGGUUAAUAGAAGCUGCGAAUGGCCUUGAUGGCCCAUGAAAUAUUAAGUGGUACCUCUUAGCGCGAAUGCACUGUAUAUUAUAGUCAAGUUGGGUAUCUGAGACAUGAAAUUGAAAUUUUCAACUUUGAUUGCUUAUUAUUCUUUGCUUGAACUUGUAACUUGAGAAAUAAUAUACCUACUUUGAAAAUUAUUUAAAUAAAUGUACGUUUCAAAUUCGAUAUCAAAAAUGUAUUUUGUUUUAACUUAAUCUGUAAAUUAAAAAGAUGUCCUAGGAUAAUGGGACGGGUGUAGCCAUUGUUAUACAUAAUUUAAUGUAUACCUGUAAGCAACAAUAAACAAUUUCUAACGAAAAAACGAUUCUAAACGAAGUUCAGUUGAUAGUGAUGCUUAUCAACAAUAUCUAUGUCAUUUUGUAGUAAAAUAAUUAAAUAGACUUUAAAUAUUUUCUUUAAUAAUAUUUGUUUAAUAUUGUACCGAUUUUCCCAGUUUUUCUACGUUUUUCCUGGUUUUCUCAUGGUUUAUCCCGGUUUUUCACAUUUACUGGGAAAACUUGAGAAAAUCGAAAAAUUUGCUCUUAAGUACCUCCCCACGAUUUCCUUUCAGAAAAGGUGCUACACGGAGAAAUCCAAGCAAGUCUUCUGUUAAAAAAGCAGCGUACAGAUAAAAAAAAAUAAACAUCUUUGUAAAACUAUAGGCUUCUUCGCUCCACUCAGAAUAUAAAAAAACCAGAUACAUCCUUAAUAUUUUUAUUUCUUAUGGCGAAAUAAAUAUUUAGUGUAAUUUAACAAUAUUAUAAUUCAACCAUUUACCACAGAUCAUAUUAUUUAAUCAAAAUAGAAUACAUUGAUUAAAUUUACUACAAAGAUAUUUAUUGUAAAUUAUAAUACAAAAAUUGUAUAGGAGUUGUUUAUUAUUUUUAGUAUAGAGCGUUAGAGGUAAAUAGGGAGGGGCUAGAAGGGCUUAGCCUUCCCUGAAUCAUCUCAAGUCCUACCUAUAAUAUAUAAACUAAUUUAACCUUUAAUAUUAGAUUUAAAAUCUAUUGGGCUCAAAUCCUUUGUAUAUAUAAUACUAAAUAGAAUUUAUAAUAUAUUAAUUUUUAUUUCAGUUUUCGGACUAGAUAAUUAUUAUAUAUUUUUCCAACAUAAACUUAUUAUUAAAACAUUUUAUUUUAAUUUCAAAUGUAUUCAAUUUUGAUUUUAUUCAAGAAUUCUGUGUUCCUAAACUAUUUAUGAUACCUUUUGAAACAAUUUUCGUUGAUAUACGUAUAAGGCUGAAAUAAGGCAUUUAAAAAUUAUGUUUUACACUUGGUCACUCUUUAAAUAUUAGAAUUUACAUUGUUUCCUAGAAAUAUAACAAAGAAGCCAGAUUGGAAGCAAGAAAUGGAACAUUAUUGGUAGAAAACAUUUCAAGUGUCAUUAAGACAAUGAUGGAUAAAAAGCAACAAGCAUUAAAAGUAAAUAUAUAUAUAUAUAUAUAUAUAUAUGAUAUCUUAUAUUAGACAUAAUAAAAUUUAAAAAAGCUAUCCUAGGAUUAUGGCGAAUGCAGCCAUCACUGUAUAUGUGAGAAUUUAGGUAGUUAGUAAAGGGGAAAUUUAAAGUACCCUGUAAGCAACGGUUAACCAUUGCUAACAAAAAAACGAUUUUGAGCGGAGUUCGGAUGAUAGUGUUGCUUUGUCAACAAUAUAUAUGUAUAUCAUACUAUGGUAAAAUAAUUACAUAUGCAUAUAUUUUCUUUAAUAAUAUUUGUUUAAUAUUGUACUUAUUUUCCUUUUUUUUUUUUUAAAUAAAGUAAUCACUUUUAAAUGUAAGUAUUAUUUAAGUACUAACUAUAAUGAAGAAUAGUUCUCUAACUGCAAUAUGACGCAUUAAUAUUGAUUAAAAAAAUAAAUAAUUUAUUACCUAUUUAUAACAAUUUAAAUCUUAGGAUAGCCAGGAUAGAGCUAUAAAUCACGGCUAUAUAUAUACAUCUAUAUCUAUAUCUAUAGCUGUGUUGUAAAUAUAAAUAUUAUGCGGGAGAAAUUUUAAUUAUAUUAUUUUUUUAUGAGUUUUGAUGAAUGCAGACAAUUUUGAGAAAGUACACUUUUUUGCAAUCGCUGAAACACUUGCUUGGGAUUAAGCGAAUUCGUUUUAACCGAUAGGAAUAAUAAUUUAAAAUAGAACUAUUAUUUUUGAAAUACAAACUUGUUUUAGAUUGUUAAAUUUUUAAUUUAAUUUUCGUUUUUAGAGAAUUUUGGAGGCCGUCGAAGGAGCCGCAGAUUUAGCUCAUGAUAAAGAGGUUCCAAGCCUUGAUUAUAAAGUUCGAUUUGCUAAAUUAAAUUGUACAGCUGAAAAUACAACUUUAUUACUAGAUGAUCUCCAAAUCAAUACUCAUUUUUAUAAUACUGAAGUAAAUUUGAAUUAUAGUUCUGUACAUGUACCAACUUAUGUUUAUGAAAGAGGUAAGUAAAUGUAUUAUAUAUAAUAAUAUAUUGCUAUUAUAGGUACUUGUCGGUUAUCGCUACUAACAUAGUAACAAGAAAAUCUAUAUAAUACUAAUAGAUUACUAUAUUAUAUAGAUACUAUAUUACUAUAAUACACUCUCUACCACUAACCAUGUGUUCAUUAUCACGGCUACUAAAACUAAAAACGAUUCUGAGCGGAGUUCGGUUAUACAUGUAUACCGUAAUGUUUACGAUUUUCGUCAAAAUAUGAUAUUCAAACUCUUAUUAAAAAAAUUCUACAUUAAACAAUUUUUUUUUUUUAUAUAUACUAAAUACGACUUAUAACGAAAUUCCUGUUAAAUUUUCCAGCAUUUCUGUUUUGUCAAAUAAUUUUAUUUUUUUUUAAUUUUAACGUUGGAAUAAACUUGCUAGUUGAAAAUUCGUGCACAGAAAAAAAUAAUACAAAAAUAAACAUCAUUGUAAAUCCUCGCUCAACUCAAAAUCUAAUUUUGGUACGUUCUACAGUCUACUUUCUUUCAUGUUCUAGGCAUACCUACUAAUUUAGUAUCCAACAUUACAAUUUUAGAAUAUGAUCGAACUAAUUAAUUUAUAUAACGUUAAUUUAUUGUCAUCAACUCUUUUAUUUAUUGUAUACAACAUUUACAAUAUGUUAAACAAAUUGCACUUUAAUGUUCUAAAUACAAACCAAGAUACAAAUAAAUAAGUACAUAUAAGAGGUAGCUUCGUUAAUUGACAAAUAUAAGAUAAAAUAGACUGAGAUUGUUUGGGUAUAAGGAGAGAGAAAUCAGAAUUAGUAAGAAAUGUUAUGAUAAUUGAUGUAUUUAUUUAAUUUUAUUAUUAUUAUUUUUUACAAAAUAGCUAUUUUUAAAAGGUUGAAAAGUUAAAAAAUAAAGUUAUUUUUUUCAGUAAUUAAGGGAUGGAAAAAAAACGAAGGUUAACGAAAAAUCGACGGUAGUCUCGAUAACUGACAAGGACCUUAUUGUAUAAUCAAUGAUCAUUAAUUCUAUGAUCAUCGAAGAUCAUUAUUUAUUUAUAAUUAUCAAUUAUCAUUAUAAUUUUAAUUUAAAAUUUGCUGAUUCUAUUUUAUAAUUAAGAACUAUGGUUCUCAACCGUUACGUCGCCAAAAUAAUUGUGUUUGAUAUUAAAUUUUAAUUUUUACAUUCUUUAAUAUAAGUAAAAAAAAGAAAAAAGGUCAUCAAUAAAAUAACGUGGUCAAGUGUGUUAUCAUUUCUAUGGGGCUAGAUUAGGAUGUAGUCGUAAAAAAAAGGUUGAGAACCAUUGGUUAAGAAUAUUCCGCACAUCCGCAUGGCCACAUCUACUACCUCCGAUGUAUACACUAUGAUAUAUAAUAAACGUAUGACCAUGACAAAAUAGAUAAUAAUUAAUAUUAAUAUUUUGUCAUGCGUAUAUUUGUGUUCAGUAGUGACGAUUUUGUGUUAAUAGUUUCAAAUAUGAUUAAAAAUACGUAUCACAUUGUACGUAUCACGAAUCUGACGAAUGAUGGCGUUCUUUUCUGGUUAAUAAAUUAACAACGGGUAAUGAAUCAAGAUUCAAGAUUUAAAUAAGAAUUAUAGGUAAUCCACAUUGUACAAAUACUACAGAAUGGUACUGUUCUUAAUUUUUUUUAUCAUUUAGCAAUUUUCUUGAAGAAUUUUAAAUGAAUUUGAUUUCAAUUUUUUUAAUUUUUAUGGAAUCAAUUAAGAUUUAUUUUGAAACCAUUUUUAAUUUUUUACCGCUACUUCAUUUACCUUAAAUAAGUAUACUUUUAUUUUUUUCAAAUAGGAAACCUGUAUGAAAAUGUCUAUACAAAUAUUUUCUAUUCGAAUAUGUAUCUGAUUUAUGAUAAAAAAAAUCACUUUGUAUAUAAUACGAAUCUAUAAUUGUCCACAAACCUAUGAUUUUUAUUUUUAUUUUUCGAAUGUUCUGUAAUGUGCACAGUACUCGUUUUAAUACAAUGAUAAUUAAUACAAAUGUCUUAUUAUAUCCGCUCAUUGCAUUUUGAGGCAAACACCACUAUUGAAAUACAGAAAAAAGAGUUAGAAAAAUAUAAAUGGGAGAAAGCUUUAUGCAAUACGUUAAAAAAGAGCCAUCACGUAUAUGCUUCUCAUUUUAAUGAAAUCCAUAUAAUAAGUGGUUGAAUUUUAGUUUAAAUAAUUUCACUUUAAAUUACUUAAAUUUCUUAAAAUAUAAGAGGGUGUCAACACACAAUUUGUUUUAUAUAUGCAUCUAUAUUGGUUAUUAAACCUUAAAUAGGUGCAAUGUUAAUUAAAAUAAAUGUUAGUGUUGACAUUUUUGAUUUCCGUCAAUAUGUUGAUGAGAUAUUCCACUUUUAAGUUUUGGUUGGGGGUGAGUAGUGGAGAAUCAUUUGUGUGGUGGCACGGCGCAUGGCAUUUUAAUAAUGCACCGCUGCUUUUCCCCGAUCAAAACUUAAAUUGUGAAUAUCUCGUCAACAGAUUGAUGGAAAUCAAAAAUGUAAACACCAACAUUUAUUUUAACUAAUAUUCCAUCUAUUUAAGGUUAGAUGACCAAUAUAGGUUGUCAUUUAAAAAUCAAAAGUAGGUAGUCUUUUCAAUCCCAAAAAUAAGAGUGACAAAAAAAAAAUGAUAAUGUAACACUUUAGAAUUAUUUGUUUCUUAAGUUUUCAAAAAAGAAAAAUUUUCAAAAUAAUGAGUGUUCAUCAAUAAUAAAAUCAAUUAAACGGUAUAUGUUAUCCUUAUCAUAUAUACUGCAUUUGCCGGGAAAACGCAAAUCACGCGCCCAUCUACUUGUACAUUAUACAUAUUACUACGGUGGUGGGGGUAAUGUCGUCAUCGGCAACGACAACAGCGUAUGAAACGAAGUGCUCGCGUUGGAAUAGUGGUGGGAAUACGCAAAAAAAAAUGAGCUUUGGGUGUCACCUAGUUGCGUUCCCUCAACGAACAUAGGCGUGCGCGAAUUUUUUUCGUAAGGGAUGUCGGUAAGUAGUUAUAUUUAAAAAUAAAUAAAUUUUUAACACUUUCAUAAAGACAUAAAUCAGAAUUUUUUUUUUAAAUUUUUUUUACAGGACAAUAAAGUUCAAAACAAUAGUCAAUAAUAUGUACUAUAGUAAAAAUUAUGAUAAUAUUGAUAAUUUCCGCGCGAUUAAACUAUCCGACUGCUCUAUCGUUAUUGGUAAUCUGCAAUUCUGCAAGGUAACGUAAAUGUGUCGAUGUGAUAUUUCAAUCCAAAACUCCCAUUAUCACUAAAAUGUACUUGAUGAAAAUCACGAUUUAAGAUAUAAUCUAUAGCCGUGAUGACAAUUUAAAAAAAAAUAAGCUUAACUGUAGAAAUUUCUUUAUUGAUUACUGUUUAUAACAAGGUAUAUAAAUUAGUAAAGAACAAAAAACUGGUCCAAAGACCGUAAGGGAUGCCAUGGCAUACCCGGCAUCCCCCCCCUGCGCAUGCCUAUGUCGACGAAUGCAGUAUAGUUUAAUAACUCAUUGUUCGUUGCCAGUCCAUUUUAUCUUAAUUCGUGGAGUAAACUGAACUAUGAUAUUUUAAGAUAAGACCAACUAUCUAAGCAGUUAAUUGGUUUUUAUAGACUACUUUUAUUUGUGAAAUAUUAACAUUUAAAAAUUCUGAUAUCUAAUACUUUAUCGUAUAGAUAAUUUUUUUUUUUAUAUAGAUUUUAUUUUAAGGAUAAAAAGACUGUUCUGAUGAAGUAUCACAAAUAGUACAGUAAUUACUUAUAUUUAUACAAUUAAUACCUUUCAUAGAUUUUGUAUCACAUCUUAGAAUAUUAACAUCAUUACCUUUAAUCAUUUCAUAUUAAAAUGAUGAUGGAAAAGUCAUAUUUUAUAAUAUAAACAUAAAAUUGUCAAAACGUAUAACUAAAUUACUGAAAUAGUAUUAAAAAAAAUUAGUUUAUGAAUAUUAAUAUUAAUAAUAUUAUUAUAGACGUAAAACAGCCAAUAAAUAUUAUAUGCUCAAAUGCCUCCCCUCUCUACAACACGCUUACGAUUUAUAAGAAAUCCUUCCCCCUGUCACUCAUCCAUCCUUUCGUUUCCAGUCUAUUCUUAAUCCGUGAUUAAAACUAAUAACACAAAGUUAUUCCUAGUCCCUACUGAACUCAAAUUUGCUUUGUCUGAUCUUUGUAAGACGGAGAAAACACAUGCGGGUGUGGCGUUCUCUUAAUUUAAUUUUUAAAUAUUUUAUGCAUUACAAUAUAGCGGAUGACGUGAUUAAGGCUAUCAAAUGGUCAGAAAAUCUCGAUGCAAUAUUUAAAACUAACUAUGAAAGUGAUCCAAGAUUGUCAUGGCAAUAUUUUGGCAGUACAACUGGUUUCAUGAGGCAAUAUCCAGGUACAUAUUUUAUUCCUCUUUUUAAUUUUAUAAGUAUAUUACGGUUAUCCAUUCUAUUUGAUUAAAUAUAAGUACCUACUUAUUUCAUGAAAUGAAUACUUCUAGUUUAUAAAUCACAUGCUAAGAAAAUAAAUAACAUAAAUAUAGUUUAGACCCCAUGAUCGUUUAUCGAUUUUAUUUUUCAAAAUGCGUGUUUUAAACACGGAUAUAAAUCUAUAGGAUCUAUGGUUUUAAGAUACUGAAUUCACUCAUCACUGGGUCUCUUAAACUUGUGAUUGUUAAUAGAGCCACGUAGGUCUAUAUGUAUUAUAAAACGAAAAUAAAUCUAAAAAUAUAAUGAUUUACACUUGUAACAAUUACAAUUACACCUGUAAAACAGCAACCUUGUCGAUCAUUUUGUUUGGAUCCUCUACCGGAAUUGUUCAAAUUUACGGAAAAGUAUAGGGUACAACCCAAAGAAAUUUUCUACUUGGUAGAAAGCAGUUAUUCGAAAAUAAUAAGGACAAAAAAUGAUGAGAAUAAAUAAUAAAUUACUGAAAGCGUAAUUUCUAUAUCUUUAUAUUUUAAAAUUGUAACAUUUGAAUACUAGUCCACCGUGGACCAAAUAUGGUCCUAACCAAAAUAUUGUUUGGAAAAUAUUCGAAAAAAUGUGGGAGUUUAAUAAACAUAUCUGUGUUUCGUUCGUUGAUUUUAUGAAGGUCUACGAUUUUAUUCAUCGACCGAGCAUAUUCAACAUAUUGGAAGAAUUCAAAUUCACACAAAAGAUAAUUAAUCUCACUAUAGCCAGUCUGGAAAAUACUUAAAUAAAAGUUAAAAUAGUGAAUUUGACUUCACCACCGAUCAGAGUGAUCACUGGAUUAAAUCAGGGAGAUACAUUCUCCUCUGUGCUUUUUAAUAUAAUACUAAAAAAAGUAAUUGGAGAGAUGAAUUGAAAUUCUUGGGUAUUCAGCUGACGUGACUAUCAUAAAAAAUGAUAUGGAGACGGUGAAGAACUUAUACAAUAAACUGAUAGCAGUGGCAAGCAAAGUAGGUAUAAUAAUUAUUGAGAAAAAACAGAAUUCAUGAAAUUCAGCCGUGAGAAUAGGACAAUUAACCAAGUAGAUGGCCAUUUUUUCUAUAGAAUAUCGCAAAAUACCUAGAAGUCUUCUUAAGUCAGGAUAAUGAGCUAAAAACAGAAGUAUCAAGAAGAAUCAAAAUCACUAAUAAUUUUCAUUUUGGUAUUGGACUUUUUAUAAGAUCUAGGGAUAUCUUAAAAAACCUUAAGAUUAAAAUGUAUAUAACAUUAAUGCGGCAAAAAAUAAAUCCCGAUUUGUUACGCGGAACUACGUCAGGUAAUAUAUUGCACCGUAUACAGUAUAUUAAUAUGUGACCGGGAAAGUUUCCGAAAAUGGAUCUUAUCGUUUUUCAAAUAAAUGCCAUUCAACGUAUUCAAUGAUUAUUAAUUUUAAGAAAAUGAUAACGAAGAAUCCAAUUCCGAAUUUAAUGAAUAAAAUUAUGAUAUAACCAUAUAUAAUAACUGAUAAUUUCUACAUGACUGUACCGGAUAUACUGGUACAAAUGUUUAAGUAAAAUGUUUAAUAAAAUAUUAAGACAUUUAGUAUGGGUUCUUAUAUUUCAUAUUUAAGCACUCUACCAAUUUCUUGCUCUAAAUGCAGUGACAAUUGCACAAGCUCUUCAAGAUCGUGCGCAAUAUCUUUUGUUGAUAAAGGUAUCUAUUUUAAAUGUUUAGUUUAUAAUUUUUUAAUAUGAGUUUCAUAAAAUACUAUAUUAAUAUUAUUAUUACAUAUUUUUAAUAGUAUUAUAAUUAAAUAUAAAGUGUAAAUCGUUAUCAAAGAAAAAAUAAUUGAUAAUUGUAAAAAUUAUAUUCCACGUGGUUUAUGAUUUGACUGCACUGAACAACUAUUCGGGCAAUAAAAGUUACCUGCUCAAAGAGUACACAUAUGGAAAACGCUAUAACAAGUUAUAAUCAUGAUUAAGACUACAGAUUAAGAUAUUAUAUAGGAUACACAACGAGAGUCUAUUAUCAACAAACUAUUGUUGAUGAAAGUUCUUUUUCAUUGAAUAAACACAGAGUGCUAAAAACUAAUCAGUGGCGAAAAGUUUAACUAAUCCAGUUAUUAAUUCUUAUAUUUGGUAGUAUUUUUGAGUUUUUAAUUGUUAACAUUUUCAGAGUAGCUUGUUUCUUAAAUGUUCUAUAAAAUAAAUUCUGAAAAAAUGUAGUACUUCUCGAGAUAAUGAGUGUCUUACGAUAGAUUGAUCACUCUGUAUAAUCUUUAGUUUAACUAGGCUUUUUUAAGUUUUUAACUAGUACCUACCUAUUCGAAUUAGACCAUCAAUUAACCGGGUAGUGGUUAUCGUUGAGCAAUAAAACUUCUGACGUCUUGCCCAACAGACUAAUUAUUCAACACAGUUCUUAAACUUGUAAAUUAAUUUUUAUUAUUUUCAGCAUCAAAGUUAAACUAACAUAUAAAAUAAACACAUACUUUUCUAAAUAAUUUCAUUAUGUUGAUCACUCAAUCACUAUCUAUCAGGUUCUAUCUCAGAUCAGGGAUAUAUUGGUUUUACUAUAAAGUGUAUUGUUUUUUAUUUCUGUCUGUAAAAACUUGCUCCGAAGUAUAGACUGUAGCAUCUUUUCUGAAAGAUAAUUUUCUCUAGUUGGUGCAUUGUAGUUGGGUCAUUUUUGAUUUUCUUAGGUGUUUUCGAAACAAUUGGGUAAAAUCGAAAGAAAUGUAUAGGUAAAACGGUAAAUAUCAUGGCAGGUCGCGGCAUUACCUUUUUUCAUUGUUUUUAGUGUGUUUAAAUGAUAUUUUCUACCAGAAGUAUUGCUCCAAUACUAAAAAUGACAAAAGAUCUAAUUUGUUCCUUAUAAUAUUUCGCUACAGACCAAGUAAGUCAUUUUUCAAUAUCUAAAGUAAUUUUUGUAAAAAUUAGAAAAAAACAAAAAAUUAAAAUUGAUUAAUAUUUAUGGCAACGUAGCGUCCCGGUUUAAUUAUUUUAUAUUGUUCAAUUGAGUUUUCUAUCAGAAAUAUUGCUCCAAUCAAAAAGCAACAAGAAAUCGAUUUUGUUUCUCAUAACAUAUAGCCGUUUUACAAUGAUAACACUUUUUCUGAAAGAAAAUUUAACUGAGGUGAUACUUUAGAGAGGUCAUUUUUUGAUUUUCUAUUGAUUCUAUUCUGAUUUAACUAUUUUUAAUUUUUAACUGCAUACAUAAAAUAACAUAAUAUUUUACCUUGCAAUAAAUUUAUGAAGUAAUAUGUGAGUAUGAUAUUUAAACUAAUUUAUCAUCAGUAUCUAAAGGCCAAGCCUUUUCAUUUUAGUCAUUCUAGUCUGUCACUAGCUGUCUUCUUGAGUUCUUGAUAAGAGGUAAAAUUCAUUCAAUCGAAAAUAUCUUCUACUGUACAUUUUUCCUUACGUUAUGUUGGUGAUGAACUGAUUGUUUCUUACCAACAAUAUUAAUUAUCAAAAAUAAAAAUAAUUAUAAUAACAAUAAUCAACAACAAUAAAGCAUUUUAAUAUAAAAUAAGCGUGAAUAAAAAUAACCAGCAUUUUAAUAAGAAUAAUAAUAAUGAAAACUUUAUUAAUAAUAAUACCUAAUCAGACGAAGCUGUCCUAGAAUAAUGGGAGUGGGGAAAAAGACAACGGAGAAAAAGAACAACAAUUUUAAAAUAUUGAAGAUAAUAAUUGAUUGUUAAAUAAAAAAAAAAAAAAAAAAAAAUGAAAUAUUAAAACACUAGAACACUUUGACACUAGUGAAUUUUGACAUACUAAAUUUAGUUCACUCAAAUAUUAGCAUGAAAGUAUGGAUAGGUCUACAUAGGUAAUUUUAAUGGAUGAAAAGAAUGAAAGAUAUUUUGCAACCUAACCUAACGACUCAUUAAUUUGAAGCUUUAAUUUUUUUUAAAAUACUUUUUUUCACAUAAUUUUUUAAAAUUAAAUACCAACAAAAUCAACAUUAUUCAUAAAAAAUAUAUUUUUUAUAUUUCAAUAUUUUUAAAAAACAUAUCUAAUAAACAUUUUUUUAAUUUUCAUAGUUAAUUAAUAUAUUAAAAAUUUAAAAAUUGUUUUUUUUCCCUUGAUAUUUUUUAUGGAUUACCGAGCACUUGGGUGCAGUAACUGUUAUAGGUGAGAAGUUGUGACGGUAACAGAGGAGAAAUUUAAUGCAUAUCUGUAAGUGACGAUGAACUAUUGCUAACAAAAAAUGAUUCUGAGCUGAGUUCAGUUGAAAGUGUUGCUUUGUCAACAAUAUAUAAUCUUGGUUUGUAUUUAGAACAUUAAAGUGCAAUUUGUUUAACAUAUUGUAAAUGUAUACAAUAAAUAAAAGAGCUGAUGGCAAUAAAUUAACGUUAUAUAAAUUAAUUAGUUCGAUCAUAUUCUAAAAUUGUAAUGUUGGACACUAAAUUAGUAGGUAUGCCCAGAACAUGAAAAGAAAGUCAUUUAAAAAUUAAAGAAGUCAUUUUUUGAUUUUUCCAGGAGUUUUCCUGGAAAAUGUAAAAAACCGGGAUAUAACAUGGGAAACCGGGAAAAUCGUAGAAAUACUGAAAAAAUUGGUACAAAAUUAAACAAAUAUUAUUAAAGAAAAAAUAUAGAGUCUAUUUAAUUAUUUCACUACAAAAUGACAUAUAUAUUUUUAAUAAAGCAUCCCUAUCAACUGAACUCCGUUCAGAAUCGUUUUUUCGUAAGCAAUCGUUGCUAGGUAUACAUUAAAUUCUCGUCUAUAUCCUACCUUCUCAACUUCCCACCUAUACCAAUGACUGCACCCAUCUCCAUUAUCUUACCUUUUUUUUUUAUAUAUAUAUAAUAGUUUUAAAAUCAAAUUUUAACGAAAGUCGUAAUUAUUAGUUUUUACGGCCUUUCAAUACUUGUACAGCCGAACUUCGCUUUUCGUUAUCAAUCGUUUAUUAUUGGUUACAAGUAUAAAUAUAAUAACAUUAUGUAACCCACCUUUCCCACUAGUCACCUACAACAGUGUCCUCACCUGUCUCCAUUACAGUUUGUUUUUUCUUUUGUAUGUUCAUAAUCAACUUUUCUAUGAGAAAUCUUACGCUAAUCGAAAAAUGUCUUGAGACCUUUUUUCUGUUGCAUUUUACAUCUAGUUAGUAAGAAAAUUUUAUUUUGAGUUUACAACCAAUAUUCAUAAUAUUUGGGAAAAACCGUAAAAAAGCUUGAGAAAAACAGGAACGUAAACGGUAUUAAUGAUUUCGUUAUUUUCGAUUUUAGUUUUUUGUUGAGAUUGGUUGAAAACUAUCGUAGAGAACUGACGCUGAUAUUUUAUAUCAGCUUUCUUAGACGGGGUAGAAUUUUCAAAAUAUUUUAGCGAUUUUUAAGCUAUUUAUUGACAUUUUAUAUUUGAAAAUCGUUUAACGUAGUUUUUAUUUUAUAGGUAUUUUAUGGAUUAAAAGUUUUAAUUACAGACAAAUGCUUGGAAAUUUAAUACGAUUUUCAUUAUAAUUUGGACUUUUUGGUAAAAAAAAAAGUUGAUUUUACGCUAUACUUUAGGUAGUCGUUUUUUUAAUAAUCGUUUUAAGAUCAUAUUUCAACGAAAUUCGUAAAUACUACGAUAUUUUAAAACAUGUAUAGCCAAAUUUUUUUCAGAAUCAUAUUUGGUUGACAAUUGUUUAUCGUUACUUAUAGAUAUAAUUAAAUAACUUUAUAUUUUCUAUUUUCCUAUUUUACUACCUACAACAGUGACGCAUAUAAUACAUUAGCAAUAUCAACUCUUUUUGUUCGUUACAUUAUUUAAUUAUCUGCAGGUUCAAAAUAUUUCAUCACUUUAUUUAUUGUGUAGUAUCCAUUAGGUGCACAGUCAAUACCUGCAUACAAUAAUUUCCCUGUAGGGCAAUAUUUAUCAUAUUUUCUCAUGACUAUACUUCGGUAUUUAUUUUAUUUUAUUUUUUUUUUAAAAUAAUUAUUGAUGUACAAUUUGUUUAACAUUUGUAGCAGUGCAAUGGAAGACCAAGACGGUGAGUGAUUUGUACGACUGCCGAAUGCGACCUUGGUAUGUAGAAGCAGCAGCUAGUCCUAAGGAUAUGCUUAUUUUAGUUGAUAAUUCUGGAUCAAUGACGGGACAAAGCAAAAUCAUUGCUAGACAUGUGAUAAAUACAUUAUUGGAUACAUUGUCAGUAAAUGACUAUGUGAAUGUUCUUGUAUUUAGUAAUGUUACAAAUGAAGUUGUACCAUGUUUUGAAGGGUUACUUGUACAGGUAUGUAAUUAAUUUUAAAAAUUGAAGAAAAAAUACACUGCAUCUGAAUUCUUAACUUAAUUUUCCAUAAUUCUCAGGCAACACUAGCGAAUAUUCGAGAACUUAAAUUAGGCGUAGCAAAUAUUGGUGAUCCAAAUAAUAUUUCAAACUUUACUGAAGCUUUAACCAGGGCUUUCGAGACACUUGAAAAAGUACACAAUAUUUAAAAUAACCUAAUAAUUAAUUUUCAUUAUGAAAAAUUUAAAGAAAUUGAAAUUUUAUCUUAAAUUUAGUACCGCGAAGGAAAUAUGGGAGCUAUGUGUAAUCAAGCAAUCAUGUUGGUUACUGAUGGCGUACCAGAAAACUUUUAUGAACUUUUCAAAUUAUAUAAUUGGAAGAAUGGUACAAUGAAUAUGCCAGUAAGAGUGUUUACAUAUUUAAUUGGUCGAGAAGAUCCAGAGAUUAGAGACAUGCAAUGGAUGGCCUGUGCAAAUCAUGGUAAAUAUGCAAUAAUUCAAUUAUUAAAAAUACUUAAUUAUGUCAAUUAAAAUUAACAGUUUAAAACUAUUUUUAUUAACAGCUUAUUUUAAUAAAGCUCAUCAAUAAAAGAGAUUAUAUUUUUAUUACAGGAUUUUUUGUUCAUUUAAGUACUAUGGAAGAAGUAAGAGAAGAAGUAGUUGAUUAUUUACCAGUAAUGGCCAGGCCUUUGGUAUUACAUCAAUCCAAUCAUCCUGUUAUUUGGACGCCAUUAUAUGCUGAUGUCACAGUAAUAUUCAUUCAAUAUUUAAUAGUAGUUUUAAUUAUUUAAUAAUAUGUGUAUUACUAUUGUUUGUCAUAUAUUAUCUAUCUUUUUUUUUUUUCUUAUAUCUUUACACCAAUACCAUGAAAAAAAAAAAAUAAUAAUUACACCUUAAUGAUUUUUUUAGGAUCCAAAAAUGACCGAUUAUUUAUGGGAAGAAGAAGAAUGCAGACAACAAAAAGAAGAUACAUUAAGUUAUAAAGCUCGAAAGGGUGAAUUUUUUAUUGAUGAAAAUAAAUUAAGACGAGAAAGAGAUCGAAAAAAAAAAGUAUAUUGAGUUUACUUUAUAUUGAAUCUAAUUUAUUAUACAUUGGUUUAUUUUGUUUUCAGGAAUUAAAUCAAAACUUAAAUGUAAAUAGACAAAAAUUUCAUAAUUUGAUUACUUCUCUUGCGAUGCCAGCAUUUGAUAAAAAAACACAUAAGGUAAAUUUACUAAAAAUUAUAAAACUUUGUCUUAAUUUCAAUAUUAAUUAAUUUAAAAAAAAAGAAAACCCAAAAAUUGAUACAGAACUCAUUCAGAAAAAUGAGAAAAUCUCAACAUUGUUUUUGUUUAAUAAUAUAACAUUCAACCAUCAUUUAAAUUAUAAACAAACAUCAUAUAUCUAGGUACCUACACCAAUUACCUAAACAAUAAAUUAUAUAUCAAUAUCCGUUAAUUGAACAUUUCAAAAUAAAAAUAAUGAUAUCUAAGAUAAGCAGCCAAAGUAGUUGUUAAUUAUAUGUUACUCCCAGAAUGUGCCAGGUCAUGCAAUAUGCACUUUUUUGCUAAUUUCAUGGAAUGGGUAUGUAGGAAUAUGAUAAAAACUUAAUUUUAGUGUUGUUAAUAAAAUAUUAAAAAUUCUUAUUUGAGAUUUUAGUAAAUAAGAAAAAUAUAAUAGGUCGAAUGCAUAAUUAUAUAUAGCACACUUGUAAAAUUUGUUAGUUUAAAUCCUAGAAAGCUGUUAUUAGUUUUCAAAAAUAUUCGUAUACUUACAGAAAAGGAAACACUAAAACAUAGGGAAAUUAUAUUUGUGUUCAAAAAAACUUAUUAUACUAGAAUGAUAUUUUUUUUUUUUACCUAUUGUUCGAUAUAUUGAUGCAAAAAUGAUUUGUGAUGUGUUUGCACAAGGUAAACAGGCGGUGCGCAAAUGACACAUUGCCGUUACUGCACAAAUGAUAACUGCCGAGCAAAUCUUAUCGGUAGUAUUAAAGUAUUAAAUUGCGUUAAAAUUUAUUCAAUCAAAUAAGAUUCGAUUACAAAUAUUUACCGAUCUGAAUUCUUUCUAUACAAUUCUAUAUGAAUGUAGAUAUCGUGUAAUAUAGUUUACAUUUAUUAUGAUUCCCCUAUAAAUAAAUACAAAACGAUAUCUGAGUUCUUUAUCUUUCAAAAAUAAUUUAACUAUUAAACAUUUAUUUUUAAAUAACAAAAAAUAACUUUUAAUUUUGAACACUUCGGGGUACUCAUAAGCCCGGCAGGCCACUCCGCCCCUGCAUAUGUAUAAAAAUGAAUCCUUAUUUCCCUUGGUCAUCGCAUCACGUGAGAACGACUUGACUGAUUUUGCUGAUUUUUUUUUUUAUAUUAGUAAUUUUCUGGGCAAAGUUUUUAUGAAAGAAAAUUUCUAAAAAGUCAAUUGAAUAAGUAGAAAAAUUGCAAAAACUUUUUAAUGAUAUCUGGGCUUUGAACUUGAUAUCGUUGCACUAACAUUAUAAACGUUUUUUCUCAGUCGUUUUUAUACACUCUGCGGGAAGAUCUAUUGUAUAACUGACGUACUUUAUUUUCAUUUCUUCAUCUCUUUGUAUAAUAUGGUAAAUAUGAUAAAUGUCGUUUAACAGCUGCAUCGGUCGGCAUCCAUCGAAAAAUGUUAUUUAUUUAUUUUAAUUUUUGGUACACAGUGUAUUCGAUCUAAAAGUUUAUACAGUUUUGAGUUUAUUGAUUGUAUUUUUUAAGAGGGUUAAUUUACGCCUUAUAUUAAAAGUUUAAUUUAAUAUCAAUUUUCGGUAAAAAUUAUGGAGGAGUUUAAAAAUCCUCCCAUUGAUGUCUCUAACGCAUUAAAUUUAAUUUUCUAACACUACAAAAUUGAUUCAUACAAAAUAAUUUCUUAUAAAUAAAAUUGUACGCAUUAAAAAAAAAUUAAUUUUUAUUAAUUAUUUUUAUGGUGUAGGAAAAUUAUGUUUUUAAAUUAAAUAUGAUAGAGGGGGACUAUUAAACCACUUUUAUUAUUUUUGCGUUUUCAUACAUUUUUUUCAAGGCUUUUUGACGUUUUCCAAUUCUUUUUUGUGAAUUUUAAAAACAUAUAAAUCUGAUAUCUAUUUAUGACAAUCGAGUUAUUAAUUUUAUAUUAAUAUAAAUUGUCGGUAAAUACGUACAUAAAGGUAUAAAAGAAACGCCGUGCCAUCUGCAAGUAACAACUAUAAUAUAGUACACGCGCUCUCCCACUACCCAGUGUCCCUAUUCCCCAAUAGAUUAGGUUAGGCUUCAUUUCCUUUGACAUUUCCUCCUCCCCAUAAUUCGGUGUUUAGAUAUUUUUGGUAUGAAAAUCACGAAAAAAUGUCUCAAUAGAACACUUUUAGUCCACCGAAGGUGGAUUAUCAACUUUCCACCUAUUUGUUUUCAUUCAAUACCGACACGGUCAGUAAAAUUAGUAUAGGUAAAACAAAUAAUAAAAAAUUGGCACGGGCAACAACAGGUAGGACAGCUAGUUAAAUAAUAAUAAUUUAUUAAAUUAAUGUUCAAACAAUAAACCAACAAAUAACGUUUAGAAACUCAUCAUAAUAUUAUCACGAUCUUUAAUUUAUUGAUUUAUUAUUAAAAUUUUUAUUUUAUUUUUGGUUUACGGUCAUUGAGACCAUACCGCCAAACAAAUUUCUCUCCAUCUAUCCCUAUUUUCUGCCGCUACUCUCCAUGGUAUCUCUGGUUCAAUGCUUUCUUAAAAAGAGACGCCUUUUUACACAGUCUUCCCAACGUAAGCGUGGUCUUCCGAGGGGUCUCUUACCAACCGGGUUCUCUUCGAUUGUUGUUCUGACAAUGGAUCCUACUUUCCGCCAUGCAUGUCCUGCUCAGGUUAAUCUUCUUUUCUUGAUUUCGUUCGCGAUGUUCGGGCUCUGGAAUAGCUCCUCGAGUUCUUUAUUAUGACAUUUACGCCAUUCACCUAUGUUUUUGUCGAGGAUUCUCCUUUCAAAUACUUUUAUUCUGGUUUCUUCUGCUUUCCUAAGUGGCCAUGUUUCCGCGGCAUACAGUACUAUGGGUCGUAUCGGGGUCGUGUACAUUUGUAUCUUCAGGUUAGUCAAUAAUGUUCUUGAGCUCAGUACUUUUCCAAGACCAAAAAAACUUUUGUUACCUUUUUGUAUCCUAGCACUGACUUCCAUCUUCAGGUCAUUAUCUUGUGUUAGCAAGUACCCCAAGUACUUAAAAUGUGUGACUCUUUUGAAUACACGACCUUCUACAUUUAUAGAUUGACCUUGUUGAUAUUCUCUGUCCUGGUGACUGAAUAUCAUGUACUCUGUUUUUUCGUCGUUUAUNCUUUUCUAAUAUAAGGUUGAACAAUAUUGGUGAUAGCGCAUCCCCUUGUCUUAGGCCUGUCCUUACCGUUGCUGGCUCUGACAAUUCCGAUGCUACCUUUAUUUUGAUUUCUGUAUUUUGCAGAGUGGCCUCAAUUAAUUUUAUUAGUUUAUUUUGUAACUCAAACUCUUUUAAUAUGUUUAUAAGGCUAUGUCAGUGAACGGAAUCGUAUGCUUUUUUGAAAUCCACAAAUAGUAUACAAAUGCUUUUAUUGAAUUCCCAUGAUUUUUCUAUGAUCUGUCUUAGACUGAUGAUUUGAUCAGUUGUUGAUCUGUUGGAUCUAAAACCACCUUGAUAAUCUUCCAGAAUCUCUUCCGCAAUGGGUUUAACCCUAUCUAAAAUGCAAUAGGACAAUAUCUUGUAAACCACAUUUAAAAAGGCUAUUCCUCUGUAAUUAUUACAUAUUUGUGCGUCACCUUUUUUAUGGAUUGGGCAUACGACUGCAACAUUCCAACUUUCCGGUAGUUCUUCCUUCUCCCAAAUAUUGGUUAGUAACCUAUGUAUAUGUGUUAAUGAAACUUCGUCCAGCAUUUUCAUAAUCUCACCUUGUAUACCGUCCUCACCAGAUGAACAGGUGAAUUAUAGUUCUUCAGUCGCCUUAUUUGUAGUUCAACUUCUUGUUUUGAGGGUGUUGUACAUUCGUUUAGGUUGGGUUCUAUCCUUGUCCAAGUAAAGGUUUCUAUGGGGUCGUUGCAGUUAAGAAGAUGUUCGAAAUACGUUUUCCAUCUCUCUACAAUGUCUGAUCGGGCAGUAAUUAGUAUUCCAUCUUCCUUUACUAGGAACUUUUCAUAUUUUUUGUAACCUCCCUUUAGUGUAUUGUUUUUUUUUGUAUAAUUGGUGUGUGUUUUGUUCAUUGUGAUAUUUUCCUGCUUCUUCCAAAAUGUUUUUCGUAUAGACUCUUUUUUCAUACUUGAAGAUUCGACUUGCUUCUUUUCUGCUUUCAUUAUACUUCGUUUUGUUUUCUUCAUGAGAAGGAUCAUUAAGGUACAAGUUUCUAAAUUUUUUCCUUUGAUUUAGGGCUUUCUCACACCUCUCAUUGAACCAAGGUUUUUUGGUGUUUUUUGGUUUGCCCAGGACUUCAGCUGAUGUUUCUUUUAUUGUGUCCUGUACUCUCCUCCACAUAUUAUUUGUUGAGCCUAUACUAUUUAUAUCUAAUUCCCUGCUGCGUUUGUGUAUCUCACUUUUAAAACGUUUUUGGCAAACUUCAUCUGUUAUAUUAUGUCAUAUUAUUAAAAUAAAAUUCAUAAUUACCCAAUUCAUGAAAUAGGCAAUUUUACACCUGGGAUGUAAUACACACAUAUUUUCUUGAUUACCAUAUUAUUUAAUUUAAUUUCUAUACCUUACAUGUUUAAACACUUUUAAUUAACAAAACUAAUUUUAUUAAAUAACUAAUUAACAUGUCAUAUGCACUUUUAAUAUUAAAUCAAACAUAUUUUAAUAGUAAAUUCCAAGAAUUUACCAUAGUAAAACAAAUUGUUUGUUUUUUAUUUAAUUAAUAUACCCAGCUUAAUAAAUCUUAUCAUUUUAUUUCUCAUUGAGUAUUUAUGUUACUAAUGAGUUUAUGUAACAGUUCCAUUAGUGUAUCACUAAUAGGCCACAAAAUGACAGAAACCGAAAGGACAGGUAGAGAGUUUAAAAUGAGAAGAAUUAAGAGGACGUUAUACCACUUGUAAUUCACCUGUCAGAAUUGUUUUGCGCGAGAACAAACUACUUGGGCUUUAGGCCCUCCGCACACGAGGCUAUUGUAACGCGACACGAUUCUUGCGCGAUUUAUGCGAUAUAUGCGAUACGAGCGAUCUGUGCGAUUACGAAGGCGCACAUGAUGCAAUUGUCGUGCGAUUAUUAUUAUCGUUGUUUAUGUAUUAUUCGGUUAUUAUCAGUCGUUUACUGACGUUUGCGCAGUUCUUUGGUUACCUUUUUUUAAAAUGUCAAGUUCGUUUAAUGACGAAGAAGUGAUUGAUACGUACUAUUUGUACAAAACGUUGGUUUGUGGAAAAAAGCAAGAAAAGAAUCUUCGAAGGAAAUUUUGGAAAAACUAUAAAGUUCAGGAUGUUUUUCAGUUUCACCAACAAAUUUAAUAUUGAAUGCCUCCAUAGUUAAAAUUAUGUAUAAAUAAAUAAUAUAAUAUAACGAAAAUAAAAAUGUAAUUACGCGUGAUCCAUGUGACGCGACUGCCAAGCGAUCAACACUGCCGGUCGCACAUGUCGUCCAUCGCUCGCGUCACAGUCGCGUCGCAAUCGCUUCGUUAUCAAAUUGCGUCGUUAGUGAAUCCCCAUUCGCUUUGCUAGGAUAUCGCACGUGGCAAAAAUCGCGUCGUGUGUGAAUCGCCUCAUGUGCGGAGGUCCUUAGAUUUAAUUAAGAAAUCAAAUUUUCAUCACAGAAAAAAUAAAACUUGUACUGUGUAACAUUGGUUAACGAAUUCUUUCUUUAGAGGUACUAGCUACUACAGCCUAUAACUAUAGGCUAUGACUAUAGUGAUUAUAGUUAUUAUUACAAAAUGUGACAAAAAUAGAAAUUAUAGUAGUCAUUAGUAAAACAUUAUUUAUAUGAAUAAAAUUUACUAUAGUACGUUUCACAAAAUUUAAGACUCGACUGUAGCGCGACCGAUGGUCAAAAUUUUGAUUUCAGUAUGGUUCAAACUUUGCAAUACUUUGUAUAUUGAGCAUUAUAUGCAGCAGUUCAAUUUACGUGCCCUUUUUAGUGCACAUAUUGAGUAGCCCUACUGAUUAUAGACCAUCAGUAACAUUGCCGUCGAGUUUCUAAUUUCGUGAGCGCACUAUAGUCACAUAGUUUUACAAAAACAAAAUUAGCUGUGAGAUCCGAGAUUGUAUAAUAUUAUCAUAUUAUAUACAAUUCAUAAAAGAAUAUUAUUGACGUUAUGGGAUGUGCAUACUGCAUAACAAAACCGUUUUUGAAAUAAUAAAACGCGUUCCUGCACUCGCAUAAAAACGAUAAUACGGAGAACCAGUUUCAUCGAUAAUGAAAUAGUGGGGUUUACAACUCCAACUCUCAAGCGUUGCACGCAUAGCGGUUUUGGUAUAACAUCCUCUUAAUAAAAAAAGGUAGUAAGGAAUAUAAAAUUAGGUAUCUUUAAGAAGACGUCUAGGAAGAUCAAAAAAGAAAUAGAUAGACUUGAUUAAUAAUAUGAGGAUUGGUCUAUUCGAUAUGAUAUGUAAUAAAUGGGGAUUGAGGACUAUAAUGUACUAUGAUAUUUACGGAUAAGCUUGAAAUAUAUUGUAGUAAUAAUAUAUUACAUAAUAUCAAUUCAUAACUAAAUACAUAUUAUAGGUUGAUUGUUUUCUUAUACCUACUUAUCAGUAUUAUUAUACACGUUUCGUAUUAAUAAUUGUUGUAUUACGAAAUAAUAUGUUAAACACAAAGUUAAUACUAAACAAUGUUUAAUAAUUAUUUCUCAACAGAAUAUCACAAUAAGAAGGCUUAUAAAUGAUAACUACUGGGUUUGGGAAACAAGAGAGGUAUUUAAAAAUUCAGCAGGUAGUCUGCCAUAAUUUUUUUGGUCAUUCUUAGAAAAAUCUUGUUAUUCAUAUUUUUAUAAUAGUACGAUAUUUCGUUUAUAUUUUGAAACUUUGUCUUCUAUCGGAAGUCUCUACUAUCAACUAUUUUGUAUUAGUAAUUAAAAUUAAGUGUCGUCAAACAUCGGUAACUCAUUGGAUAGUUUUAAAUGUAAUUAAUUAGUAUGCAUAGUGUUCUCGACUUAGAAUUAACAUUUUCUUAGAUAGAACUUAUAAAUAAUGACGGAUAGGAAUCUAUAUGUUUUAAAUUUAACUUAUGUAAGUACCUAUUACCUAUAGUUAGUAAUAGUUAGAAAUAAAAUUUGAUUUGUCUUCGAAUACGUGCUAUGCUUUAAGUUAUACUUGGCCUGAUUGAAUGAAACCCAAUUCAAUUUUUCCAAAAGUGUUUUAUAAAUUUUAGUCUAAAGACUAGCGCGUAGAAAAUCAAUAGUAAUUUGUAUUUUAAGUAAAUUGUAGAUGUAGGGUGCGUUCGCUUUAAAUCCUCGAUUCUCGAUGCUUUCAGCGCUCAAGCUCACAAUUCAAACCUGAGUCUCUCGCUUGCGCUCUAUCACAGUUAGCUACUCAAUACCUAACUUUUAACACUAUGUCACUAGAUUUUAUCAGUCUAGCUUCCUUGGUUUGGAUGGUUGAAAUGGCAGUGUAUAAAUUUGAGGGGAUGGUGCGGCACUCGGGGGUCAUGUCAUUCUUCCCUUCCAGACCGUACAUGCGGACUCCACUGCACCGGGGCGAGAAGGUCCCAAGGGAUACUCCGACUGAACCUGUGUCUGCCACAUGGUAGUCAUAAACCAGACCGGUUUUUCUCUGCGAGAAACAAUUUUAAGCAGCCGUUCUCGUUUGUGAGAACGAUUUGUUUGUUAUUUUAGUUGUAAAUUAAUGCUCUGAUUUAGCUGUAUUGAUUCUUCAAGAGUUUUGCGUAGUGCGUAUGCUUGUCCAUCCAAAACAUUCUUAAAUUCUAUUCGAGUCACUGACAUUUUAAAAUUCGUAAUUAGUCUGAAAGUUCAAAUCUGUCAAACUAAAUUGCGAGACAGUCUGAUAAGUCCUAAGUUUCCAAAGCGAAUGCACCUAUAAGAAACAAAACCUAUUAAGUUUAUAUAAUUUAAGCCUGAUAUAGUAGACAAAUAUAAGUUGUUAGUAUUGUUUUAUUUUAUUGUUAAAAAACUUAAGAUUAGGUUAUAGCUAGGGUGGCCAAGUUACAUUUUAAGAAAUCUGGGAUAACAUAUUUCUAAUUUACCUAUUUUCAUAUCAAAGAUAAAUAAGUACUUAUACAAAGGUGAUAUAAAAAUAAGACCCGUAAGUAUGCCCAUCGUGCUGCCACGAUCAAUAUAAGAAUUUGUAUUAAAACCGUAGCGUCCCGGAAAAUCCGGGAUGAAUGGUCACCCUAUCUAUAGCUGGUGUGUGAUUUUGAAUAUGGUGACUGCAUAUUUUUCAAUACCUGUGAAGUAAUUAAUUUGCAUGUUGAAUGGUUACAGACUAAAGUAGCCAACUUACUAGGUGUUGUUGGAACUGAUGUUCCAGAAUCUGAUCUACGAGAAGCCAUGUCACCUCAUAUAGUAAGCAAAUAAUAUAAGUUUUCAUUAUGUAAAAUCUAAUUUGUAUUUAUACUUUUCAGUUGGGUGUCAAUAAUUAUGCAUUUAUUGUUACUAACAAUGGAUUUAUAGUUACGCAUCCAGAUCUCAGACCUGUGGUGAGUAAAAUUAAAUUUCUAUAAGUUAAUAUUAUAUAAAAUAUGAAAAAUAAAAUAAAUAAGUUUAAUCAAAAUAAAAUUGAAUCCAAAUUUACAAUUACUUUAUAUUUUAAGAGGUCCGAUGCCAGCAUGUUUUUUUAACUUAAAAACAUGCUUAAUAGGAAAAAUGUCUCGUAGAGAGGUCAAAUUUUGUUGAAUUUUUUAUUUUUUUUUGUUAGAAAGUGGAAGGCUUCAAACUUCAUUGAACUCCGUUUUUCAAUAUUUAAAUAUUAUACUUUAUAAUACACAUUUAAAAAAUAUCAAAUUUACACUCUUUUUAAAUAACUUUGUAAACAAUUAUUUGAAAUCAAAUUAAAAAUCGAAGUUCAAUGUGGUUUGUAGAAUGUUUUUAUCUAUUGAUUGAAAUAUCAUGUUUAAAGUGAAUCAUUCCUAUUCCCACUAAGUAAUUUUCGUCCGUUAAAACAGCUGUACUCCUUUCUCUAAAUGGGUAUUAAAUAAUGUAUUUAUGGACAAAUCUUAUAUUUAAGGGAAUCAUUAAAAUACUAUUUUGUUGUUCCAAAUUGUACAAAAUUCGAUUUACUUAAUCUAUAUACCAGUCUAAAAUAAAUACUGUAUAUUCAUAUUUUUAUUCAUGAUAAAUUUGUAAUAUUGCAAGGGAAAAAUUGUUUUCAAUAAAAAUAAAAACUAAAUCAUUAAAUUAACAUAUGUGUGUACAAUUCUUUAAUUUUGUAUUAAUUAUAUUCACCAAUAAACACUUUUAUAGAUAAUGAAACUUUUAUUUAUUCAAAUAAUUAUUAUAAAAGUAAACUAUUUUUUAAAAAAUUAUUGUUUUAGUUUCAAGGUAUUUUAAAGCCAAACUAUAAUAGCAUAGAUCUAACCGAAGUAGAACUCGUUGAAACCGACAAUACUGCAAGGGUUUUCAGUGAAGAAUUACUCAUGGUUAGUAUAAGAAUAAAGUAUAUUAUAGUAGUUACAUAAUUAUUAAUCUUGUGACCAUUAUCGAUUAUCUAUACAUAUAUAUAUAUAUAUAAGUAUAUUAUUAUUAUAUUUUAUUCCAAUAAUAUUAUAAAAUUACUUCCAUUAUCAUUAACCAAAGAAAGGAUACCCUUGGUAUCCUGGGUACGUGUACGGAAAAUAUCUAGGACGGUAUGUGUUUAUCAUAGAAAAUGGGUAUAUCAUCAAAGGACUUUGGUAGAAUGAUGAUUGUUCGGCAUUCAUGUCAUCCAUCGCAGUGGAUGGUGUUGUCACUGGAACGUCUGCGGACACUUGCUCAGCUUUAAGUGUUUGAUUGUCUUCUGAACGAUUGUGUUUGACAGAAACUUCAUUUUGUUGAGCGUCAUUGGUACUAUUUUUUUGAAGGGCUAAUGAUUCGUUUUGUUGUACCACCACUUUGUUAUCAAUCGGAACCACGGGAUUAUCUUUUUUGAGAAAAAUAGUGUUGAUGUUUUUGCAUUCAAUGAUGGGAAAAAUAAUUACAGCAGCUAAUACACAAAUCAUCUACAAUACAUAAAGAAAUGAUGAAUAAUAUUGGCAUAAAUGGUUUACAUUUGAAAAAAAAAGUAUACAACAUACAUAUUUACGUACACAGUAAAUAACAGUACCUAUUGCAUAUAUUUAUAUGGAAGGUAAACAUAAUAAUAUUUUGCUUAUAAAUACAUAUCAUCAGAUUUAAGAAGAUAUUUAAAAUUUAAUUAGGUACAAUAAAUAAUAAUUAAUAGGAUAUUUACUGGGGAUGUCUAAGAAUACUAGAUUCCCCAGAGCCAAAAUAAAAAUCAAAUAAGAUUAAUAUUUCUGGAGUACUGUUAAGUAAUAAUAAAGUACAGCGAAUUUUCGUUUUACUAUUAAGUUUCGAAGAUGUAGCUAAAUAUUUAAUGUGAUAAAGGCAAGCUACCUUUAUAAUCAAGAUUUUAUCUCUCAGAUCACUGUUUAACGGUGGAUUAAAGUUGAGCGAAGAGAUUAUUAAAAUUUAUAUAGGUACAUAUAAUAUUGAAUCUUCUCCUUUUAAAAAUGUCCAGAUAUAUACUAAAAUAUUUAAUUUUAAAAAACUUUUGAAAAAAAAAAACUGAUGCGAAGCUCAAAUUUAUUUUUCAGAUCACUAAGUACAACUUGUAAUGUACUUUUUGUUAAAUUCUCAAGCAUUUCUCUUCAGAUAUAUAAAUUUAAUAACAGAUAUCUACCUAAUAAAAAUACACACAAAAACACAAAAAUAUCCAGUGCCUAAAAAUAACUAUAAUGUUUUUAAAAUGUUAACACAUUAACAAAAGUUCAAUAUACCUAAGUAUUUUAUGAAAACUACAGGUCUCUACAAUAAUUUUUAACUGAAUAACUACAAAAAACUUAAAUGGCGUAUACUUUGCCGUAUUUCUUACGUUUUUCCCCGGAUUUUCAUUAUUUUUAAUUUUUUAACGAAUUUUUGAAUUUAUAAAACAGAUAAAAUUUCGUUUCAGAAAAGAUACUACACUCUAUACAUUUUAGAUAGAAAAUAUGUACACAGAUAGAAAAAAAAAUACAUAUCUUAUAUGAUAUAGUUGAAAAUGAGUCAUUAUAGUAAACUAUAAGUAGUUAGAUAUAGUAAACUAAUAAAUCCUUCGCUACGCUCCAAUGCACCGAAUCUAAAACAUAUAGUAAAACUAAUAAAAUCGAUGGCUAAAAGCCAUCAAUAAGUCACUGUUAUUCAUGGAUAAUUAUUAAGGUAAAAUAUACAAGAUGAUUUAGUUUAUAGCAUUCAUAAACUGAAGAGUGGUCGUGGUCCUUUUUCAUAUGCAGUAUAUUCUGUUGUAUAGUAGGCAUAUUCUGUUGUUUACUAUAUAGUAUAAUAUUGAAAAAAACUAUUCUAAUAUGUUUUCCUUUCAUUUUCAAUCAACAAAAUCGAAAUAAAGGACCCAAGAUAUAAAAAUUACAAUAAAUGUUUAAAUAAAUUACCAUGUCAACUGAAAAAUGUAAAUCAUAUUUGUGGCUUUGUGGUAUGGUAUACAAAUAUCAUAGUUUUUUUACUAAGUAAGAUUUUUUCCGAGAAUAAAACACAUAUUUAUAAAACUAAAAGCAUCGCCAUUAUAUUUAGAAUCUAGAAACACAAUCAGAAACCAUCCUUGAUUUUAAUUGGUAAUGAUCGAAGUUGUAUGGUCGAAACUAGAAAUUGUGAUAAAAAUUGUUUAAUUCAAUAUGUCUGGAUUCCAUCUAUCAAUUAGAUAUCAUUGAUUAAUUUGAAUUCAAAUUUAAGAAAAUAAUAAACACCAAACAAACUGGAUGUAAUAAUGCCCGUAAAAAGGAGUGAUUUUAAACCCAAUUCCCUCAUAGUUUGUAUAUUAUCUACUGCAAGUAAUAAUAGGCAAAUUCAAAUGAAUUAAGUACUCUCUAACAGUUAAAUUCAGUUUUACAUGAAAAACCUGAGCUCUGAACAAUUAUUUUUAAGUUAUUUAUUAUUAUUAUAAACAAUAUAUAUAUAAACAAUAAAAUUAUGAAUAAUUUUUACUUACAACGCUUCGAGUCAUUAUUGAAUAUCAAAUAGUUAUUUUAAUCCCACUGCAGAAUGAGUAUAAUGUGUUUAUUAAAUCCACAGAAGUACAAUGCAGUUGAUAUUUCGAACACAAAUAAUGUUCUCUAAAACUAGGCACCUUCUUAUAUACCCACCUACUUCUUCACUUACCUAUAAUAUUAUUAUGUUAGGAAUAUUUCCAGUUCAUCAUUGUCACGGUCACUAGGGAUUAUCGACUAAAUAUCAUUUGAAUUUAACUAAGCAUAAAAAAUCAAUUUUAUGCAGUUUUUUUUUUUUGUUACGUACCGAAAACUAAAUGUUUUGUCUUUUUUAAUUUGUACAGGUUCGUGAUUAUAUCAUCAAUCAAACAACUGGUGACAAGAACCUUAAUGUGAAAUAUCAUUACGACGAUUUAGUAAAUUUUAAAUAAUUUUUUUUAGUUGAUAUAAAAUCCAUAUUAAUAUUUUUAUUUUAUUAGGCACUAAUUUUCAUUUUAAAUUAUGUUUCUAAAUUAACUUUGACUUUCUGUUUAAUGAGUUAUGAAUUUCAAUGGUUGUGAAAUAAAACUAUAAUAAUUGUGUUAUUCAUUUUUAAAGAGACGCGCGACUACAGCAAAUCGACAUUAUUAUUACUCGGUUGUGGAAGGAACUCCGUUUACAGUUGUGGUUGCUUUACAAGAAAAACACUUUUUGUACAGACUCAAAAUUCCAGAAAAAUUUCAAAAUCUUAAUGCAACAAGUAUUUUUAUAUUUAUUAUUAAUUCAAAAAUAUACAUACACAAUUUAACAAAACUUGUAUUUUACUAGGAUCGUCUCUUAUGGAUUUUUUCAGUGAUAACGAUUGGAGAAUUCAUCCAGAUUGGUAAAUUUAUUUCAAUCUAUACAUUUUUGAAACCUCUGUAUCCUAAUCUUUAAUAUAGAUAAAUUAAUUAAAUGCUGGGGAAAAUGUAGAGUAUGUUUGUGUUUAAUUUUCAAGUGCAGAUUUAGAACGAAUUAGUAAUAGGAAAAUAUAAUAAAAAUAAUCUAGUAAUAUUACAAGAAUAAAAUCUGAAAGGGAACUAUUGCAUUUAAAACAAUUAAGCCACUCUAUUUCCUUUUGGUCGUUCAAAAUUGAAAUAAAUUAAUAAAACUCGCAAGGCAAAUAUAAAAGUCUCAUAAAAUUAUUAUUAUUUAAUGGAUUUCUUAAUUGAGCACCUUUUGAUAAACUUAUGUAAAUCAACUCAUGUUUAUUUUGAUUUGACUCAGAAAUAUUAUUAAUAUAAUAUUUAGACUUUUAAUUUUUAAACCAAACGUUUAAUGUAUUUUACGUACAUUAUUGACUUGUGAGAAAUGAAAUAUUCUACGUAAUUUGUAUUAACCUUUUAAGUGUAAUAGUUCAAAUAGUCAAACUAUUAAUUACAAUAAUUACGCUUUAGAAAAAUUUCAAAUUUAAUAUUUUUCUAAAACUUAAUAAAUACCUAAAUAUCAUAUUUACUAUUUAUGUUGAAAAUUAUAAUUGUUGUAAAAUGCCUCAAUAACUAAUGAAACAUGAUACUUUCAGGCUUUAUUGUAGAUAUGAAUAUGAUCAUAUAAAAUUUAAAACCCGGGAAAAGGAACUUCUACAUUUUUUGAUGCGAAUCAGCCAAAAAAAUAAUAGUUGGAAUAAAUGGCCUCCUCCAAGAUUUUACAGUGAAUCCUACUACUGUAAGUACAUUUAUUUUUAAAAUUUAUUUACGUACCUACCUAAUAAUAUACCACAAAAUAUUAAUACUAAUACUUUCUGUAAAAUUAUUAUGAUUACUAUCAUUUACAAGUUGUAGGCUGAGUUAUCAUUUAUUUUCACAGCAAACGGGACAAAAAAGCCCGAAGAAAAAUUCGAAUGCAAAUGCAAUUGUGAGUUUAGAGUUAAUUUUAUUGCAUGAUCGAGCUUGAUCACUAUGUUUUAUGCAAGUUAAAGAUGUGGGAAAAUAAUAUUUUGUUUGUUUUAUAAAGUAUCAAAACUUAUAAUUUUUUAUACUAAUGAUAGUUCUUACUUAUGUAUAAUAAUAUAAUAACAUGUUAUAAUCAACUUAUAAUAAAUUGAUAUAACCUUUACUAUAACAAAUUUAAAAAUUAACAUCUAAAAUGUUUUACAUUUACAUUUAUAUUUUUGUUGAUUAGUAUCACGCUCAUUUCCAAUUUAUGUAUAAAUCAAAAAACUGGCAAACAAAUAAUUGACGUGACCUAUUGAAAUAUUUUGUGUAUUAUAAAAUAUUUAAACUAGCAAAAAAAAUUAUGAAAAAUACAUUUUUUAAAUUAUUAAGUAGAAUGACUUGAAAAUUAUUUAAUUUAUUAAAUAGGGAAUCAAUCAUCAAUUUCAUUUUUUUCAAUUUUUCAUAUAAUGAGUAUACCCUCUUUAAUGGAUCAUCUUGUAUAUACAGUCAAAUUCACGUAUAACGAUGCCGUAUAUAACCAUAUUCCGGGUAAAACGAUUCCAAUCAAUGUAUUUGGUUGGUUUUAUAUGUUAUGUAUAAUACUUUUAUUCGUAUAUAACGAUAUCGGUUAUAACGAUAAUCCGGAUAUAGAGAUGUUAUUUUAAAACGAAAAUUGGUUUUUAUAAUAACCCAUAGCGAUUAAUAAUAUGCAUGUACAUUGUACGUUGUGUAGUAAAUUUGAUUUCGUCCAAAUCGAUAAUUCUUAAUCUUAUCUGUAACAGAUAAUGUGUCUUAUACGACCGUAUUGUAUACAGAGUACCUACGUUUCUUUGUCGUUUAGUUGCCGUUUUGAUUGCUAUCCGUUUAGACACGAUCCAAAUAAGUUAAAAAUGUCAAAUAAAAGAAUAAAUAAAUAAGCUCUUAUUAAAAUUUAUAUAAAUACCUUGAAUGUUAAAAUAUGUAAUCUUAAAUAAANUACGACCGUAUUGUAUACAGAAUACCUACGUUUCUUAGUCGUUUAGUUGCCGUUUUGAUUGCUAUCCGUUUAGACACGAUCCGAAUAAGUUAAAAAUGUCAAAUAAAAGAAUAGAUAAAUAAACUUUUAUUAAAAUUUAUAUAAAUACCUUGAAUGUUAAAAUAUGUAAUCUUAAAUAAAAUUAAAAAGUAAAAAAUAUGUUUAAUAAAUCAAUUUUUCAAAAAAUCAUGUUACUUUUUAUGAUCCGGAUAUAACGAAGUUCGGUUAUAACGAUCAGAUUCCCUAGGUCCUAGAAGAUCGUUAUAAGCGAAUUUGACUGUAUAUGUUUUAAUAUAAUUAUUAUUUAUUUUUUCGAGUAACUUUACUGGAAUGUAAAAUUGGAUAAUUUAUCAUUAUUUCUAUUAAAUACAUGUAGUAAUUAUAUAAAUAGGUACUAAAUUUUCAUUGUUUUGUUAUAUUUGUAUUGAUAUGCUUAUUAUAAUCAAUUGUUCGAGUAUAACCUUGAAGAAAAAUGAAGGUCAUACAAAAUUACUUUACGAAACCAUUUAUAUAACUAACACAACUACAGUUAAUUGAAAAUGUUUGUAUUUAGAAAAUAUUACACUAAAAAUAAUAUUUAAUUUCUUACAUAUUCUUUAAAAUGUCCAUUAAAAACGUACACAACUCUUUAAUUAAACUCUUAAGUUCUAGUUAUCAAAUAUGUAUAAUUUAAGUAGUUUGUAUUUAGUAAUUUGGAAUAUUUUUUUUAUACCCCAAAAAUAUUAGAUUGUUUUGCCUUUAUCGAAAAAAAUCAAAUCAGUUACAGACACUAUUUAAAAGUUUAAACUUUAUAGUUUAUUAUAAACUUUUAAAUUUAUUUUAAAAAACAAAAUAUUCAGUUCCGUUUUCUUUUUUUUCAAAGUUGUAAGAUAUCAGCAAUAUCUAAAAAUUACAGUUUUUUGCAUUCACUGAUAGAUUCUCAUAAAUUUUGGGUAUUAUAACAAUCAAGCUACAGCUUGAAAUUUGGAACAUAUAUAAUGGUAGUAAGUUUAUACAACGAGAAAAAGAGAGGAAGGAGAUCAAAGUCAAUAGCAACUUCGCGUAUCCCUAAAAAUGAAAUAAAAUAAUCAUGCUUCUCAUCAAUAAAUUAAUUAUGAUUUCGUAUUAUAUAAAUCUUCUGCAUCUUUUCUUUCUGUUAAAUAUUCAAGCAUUUCUGUUCAGUCUAACAAUUUUAUCCACAGAGUACGUAUUGAAUAAAAAUAACCUAUGUAAAAAUUCGAAAAAUUAAAAUAUAUAUAAAUAGCUUAAUUAUGGCUAAAAUGUUUUGAAAAUUGUACCACGUCUAGAAAAGAAAUUUAGACAAAUACAAUCUAAAUUUCAAGAAUCUAUGAAUAUUUUUAAAUAAAUCACAAAAAGAAAAAAUUAAAUUAAAAAUAAUACAUUUCGUAAAUUUUCCCAUUUGCUCUAUGUUUUUUCCAGUUUUUCAAAUUUUUAUGAAAACCCCUUGGAAAAUCAAAAAAAUUACCUCUUUAAUAUACCACCCAGAUAAAAUUUCCUUUCAGAAAAGUUGCUUAAUUUAAUACAUCAAGGCAAGAUUUCUGACAGAAAUUGUGUACAUAGUAUGAAAAAAAAAGAGCUGGGGACGGGUGUAGCCACUUUUGUAGGUGGAAAAUUAAGAAGAUGGGAUACAAAAAUGUAUUUAAUUCAUAUCAGCAUGCAACGAUAAACCAUUGAAUUCGGUAAGAUAUCUUUGGAAAUUCCGUCUUAAAACAAUUAUGGAAAAAAACUGAUGCAUUUAAUUCAAAUUUGUUUUUUAGACCACUUCGGUCGCGCCCUACUUAUCGAAGAAGUUAGUAGAAAAUGCGAGGCAUAUUUUUUUGGUGGGACAGGAUAUAGGUAUAGGACUUUUUAUAACUUCAUGAUAAUAAUAAAUUUUAAUUAAACUAUACUCAAGUACUCGACUUUUGAACUCGACUCGCCUUGAAAAAAUGAAUACCCAACUCAAAUCGACUUGAUUUCAAAAACCAAAACUCGCUCAACUCUAGUCAUUAACAAAGCAAGAACAAAUUAUCACGUUAUCCGACAAACCAGUGUACAUCUCUUAAUUGUCAUCCAUCCCCUUCUUGAGUUAAUUUUUAAAUAUGCUUUACUGCUUUCUCUAUGAUCCCUUUAAAAUAUUUGUAUCUACUUACAAUAUAUAUAAUAUAAUAAAUUUAAUGGUUAGUUUUUAUAAAAUACAGUUUGAUUUUAAAAGGCUUUAUAUAAUAUUUUUAUACUUUGUGUUAUGUACAAUUUUGCUUUAAUAUUGUUCGCUUGAAUUACACCUCAACAAAAUAUAAAUGUUUUGAGUAACCAAUUAAAUAAUUAUUAAAAUAUAAACAUAUUAUAGCAUAUAACAGCAUGGCUUAAAAAAUAACUACUUGAAGACUAGAACAACUACAUACUUAAAUAUUUUACUUUUAGGUGAUAAAGAUCUUAUGCUAAGUUUGAUCUAUGAUGCAAGUAUGACCAAAGGUAUUUUUACUGAAGCCAAAAAUGAAACAAAAAGGCCAAACAAGUGAGUUAUAUAUUAUUAAUUUUAUUGAAUUUUUGCUUGAUUGUUAAAUACACAAAUUAAAAUUUACAGUGCACAAUAGUUAACAAAUUAUUCUAAAUUUUUAUGAAAUAACAUUUAUUUGGUAUUAAUUAAAUUUUUAAAAAUAAUAAUAAAUUUAAAAAUUUGAUUUGAUUCUGUUUUGACUAUAUAGUCCCUAGGUAUUACGAGUAUAUACAUAUACAUUUUUAAAAACAAAUAUUGUAACAAUACCUACUUAAUUUGAAUAAUAAAUUAGUAAGUACCUUUAUUUUAUUAGUGCUAUAUUAAAAUAUAUAAAAUUAGCAAUAAUUACCAAAAAAAUGUUAAAGUAGGUACUAUUAUUAGCUUUAUUAGUUAAUAGGACGCACUAUUUUACUGACCAGACUUAUAUUCCCCCGACCACUUCACUAAAAUUCGGAAAACAUAUUCCUAGUUAUUUAUGUUAUACCUAAAUAUCAGCUUUCCACUGUCAUUACCCUCCCUUUGUGUUGUAAUUAUUAGUACUAGAGUAAAUUGGUUUGUUUUCAAACUUUAAAAUAAUAAUGUUAUCUAUGUAACUACAUCAUUUUGUAUUUGAUAUUUUAAUUUUUAAUUUACAUAAUCAUUUCUUGUUUAAAAGUUAAAAUAAUGAAAAAGCCUACGUCUAAAUUAUGUUCUCUCACCUUUAUAUUUGAUAAAAGUUCAAUUUACUCUAAUAUCAAAAUUUACAGCACAGUUGUUCCUGCUGAUCUCAAAUUGUCUAUGUCUUACAUUUGUAAUCACGUCCUCUUAAUAAAUCAAAUAAAUUAUAAAACUUUCCAUUUUCCGAGGGACUUUAUACACUGUUAAAAUGAUUUUGGCAUGGCUAGUGACUUAGUUUAUAGAUUAUAUUUUAUUGAAAAAAAAGUAAAUUUCGGUUGCUCAUAUCAAUCGUUUUCUAAAGAAGAAAUUACAUUUGCAUUUGGUAUGUUUAAUCUGUAAUAUUCAAAUAAUAGUUUUCUCUUAGAAAGAGUCAUGUUGAUAUAAUAUUCUCUUCGAUUCAAUACAUUUUGUUGAAACUUGAAAAUUGUUUACUCAAAUUGCAUUUACACGAUACUUAUGUCAUUACACAUCGCGAAUAUCUAGGUAGGUCUUGGAUUCUAUCCAAAAUUCAUAUUCUAUUUGGCUACACGUUAUUAUCGUUUCAGCUACCUAAAUAAGUAUUAACUAUUAAAUAAACAAAUUACAAUACAAUGAUAUCUAUAAUCAAAAAAAGCUAAAAAACUUAAAAAAAAAAUAAACACACCACAAUUGUAUUUUUAUUUUUUUAUUAUUACAGAUCAUCUAAGUCCUUAGCUGCUACCAAUACUAAUUUCUUCUACUAUUUUUUCCCGUUAUAUGCAUGAUUUAGGCCCCAUUCCACUCUGAUCUCAAAUCCAUUAUAGCUUUUUUUGGGCGUCGUUCAUAACCACACACUCAUAACCGUUCAAACCCGCACAAAUUCAUAAGUCAUUUCCGCACACUAUUAUUUAGUAGGUAUUCUUAAGGGGUCGACCGUUCAGAACCGUACACUUUUGAUUGACACUUUAAAUUUGGUGGAACAGUAACACAUAUAUUCAUCUAAAAUCAGAUAAUCGUUUAGAACCACACAAUUAAUCCUAAUUGCAAAUUCAUGAAAAUAAAACUUUCAAGAUUGUUCGCAGAUUGCUAUACUACAAGUUUCUCCAAGGCUAUCAAAUUCAUAUGAAAUUAAAUGUAUGCUGUUAAUUUGAAAUAUUGGUAACAAUACAAUCAUUAGUGUACCAAAAAUAUUAAUUUCGUUUUUUUCGAAAAAAUAAAAAUUCCGGGGAUUUAUAUUUGACGUUGCAAUCCUAAAUUGUGUAUUUUUAUGAUGGCGACAAAUGCAGAUAUAAAAGUAUUCAUUAAACAAAAUAAAAAUGAACAUAACCACCAAGAAAUAGAAUAUUUUUAUUAAUAUACCUUCGUAAUAAUAAUAUCUUAAGUAUUAAAAAAUUAAAUGAAAUUAUUUAAUAAAUAAACAAUUAAUAACUAAAUUUAUAAUAAUAUUUUGAGUUUUGGAAUAUAUUUACCCCACACAACGAAAUAUAAAAAAUUCGGUGACGAACCAGUGAUUGGUUAACCUUAACUAUAACAGGCAAAAUGUGUGUGGUAUUAAACGAUAUGAAAUGUGCGGUAUUAAUAAAAGAAAUGUUCGGAAUUGAACGACCUUUUUCUGGAAGUGUGCAGUUAUGAUGACAUAGCCUUUUCUUAUUUAUGUUGUUUACGAAUACUAUUUUGGCUAUACUAUUUUCAGCUCUCCAAACAUGACCUGUCUACAACAAAUUCCAAUCUUACACUUAUCAUAAAUUGAACUAUACCUCCUUUAUUGUACAAUUGUUUCGUUUGAUUUUCGCUUCCGAAUACAAUAUAAUUCAUUACUCUAAUAUUAGGAUGUAGAUAUUUUACACAUAAUUUAAAAAAAAAUUACUGUUGAAAUUGAAAAAUGUACUCAUGGAUUUCCAAUAUGUAAUUGUGUCAAAUAUAUAAUAAUAGAUUAGAUUAGGUUAGAUUAGGUUAUAAUUGUACACUAAUGGAAAGUCUGUUAUUAGAGUAAGUAUAUAAAUAAUUUAAAAUUAUGAGUGGUACUGGAAAGCUAAUAAUUGUCAAUGUGUCCUACAAAUUGUAUCCCAGUCAGAAAACAAGGGGCCUGAGUCAAUGGAAUUAAUUGAUAUUUUCUAUAGUUUCUCCGCACCGCUCCUGAAAGGAGGGUAAUGGUAAUAAAAAUCUGAUUUUGCAUAUAACAUGAUUAUGUACCCACGGUUGAGUCUUUCAAAUGUUUGCCCUGUCGGAAAACGAACAGCUUAUUAAGAAGUUUAUUUAAAUUAUUAGUAUUUAAUAAAAGCUGCUAUUUGAAAACAGAAGUGGUAGUGGUUUCACUACAAAAAAUAACGGUAAUAUAACAUUUUAGAACUGCUUAUUUCUUAAAUUGAAAAAAAAAAGAAAAUGUUGAUAAAAGUAAAUACUUUCCGAUAGUGUCUUAGCGAGGAUUUAUCACAUUGUAUUGUGUAGGAUAAUAUUUUGAGUGGAAUUCGAUUAGACAUAAUAAGUAUUUAAUUGAAAAUUGUAUUAGCUAUUCGUGUUUUUUAACGAAUUUUAUCAUAAACUUGAAUCUUACAUUUACAUCUUAUUCUAAAAAUAAACUACGACAUAACGAUCAAAUUUUUUUUACUACUAAUUACUAAAUAUGGACGGAGGGAGGAGUAAAUCUCUCUUCCUAGAUUUAAAACAAUUUGAAAAAUAAUAUAGUAAAUUACAAUUUUUGUUUGAAAUAUAAAAAUAUAAACUAAUGGUUUAUAUUCCUCCAAAUUUUAGACCAGUUUAGAAACGAGGGUCCCGGGUUGGGGGAUUAAUCGAUACUUUCUACAGAUUUUGCUAAAGGGAAAGUGGAUACCAGUAGGAAGUUGAUUUUUGGAUAUAACGUCGAUCGAUAAUGUCCAUCAAAUUUUAGUUCGGUCAGGGCACGAGAAGACUUGGCCAGAGGCAUUUAGUCUGGUCAGUAAAUUAAACUUUCAAGUUUUUAAUUUUGAAUAAAAUGUACAAAUUACAAUUCACGCAUUGCUCACACGCUUUUAUAUUCAUACAUUAAUUAUUUUUCACGAUAACACAUCGCACUAUUUUCAAUUUUGUGGUAAUGAAGUCCAGCAGAGGUCUUGAUGGGUUUGUUAACGAGGUAAAGUAUUCGUAUGUGUACAUAAAACAAUUUAAAUUUUGAAAUAUAUUUCUAUUUAUAUGUGUUUUUAGAGAGGAAUUUGAAAAAAGGUUUGGAGUGAGGUUAGCCUUCGUCGCUACUCAUAGUGGUCUCACUCGAUGGAUGGACUUUGAAGACAAGUCAAAGACGCCACACGAAACCGAUCAAACGUAAAAUAACAUUUAAAUUUUGUUUAAAAUUUUAACAUAAUAAUAAUUUCAAUUAUUACAUUCUAAAAAUAUAGGCAUUUUAUUGAAGACAAUAUUUAUUCUAUUGAAGAAGUUUGGUAUAAAAGAGCUGUUGAAUAUAAUAUGGAAAAUAAUGAGAGUUAUGUGUAUUCUGUCCCGUUUGAAAAUGGCAAGUUUAUUUUUUAUUUUAAUCUAACUUAACCUUCCAAUUCUCAAUAUUGGUCGAUAUACGAUAUUGACUUAUGUUAAUACUCACCACUACUUAUAUUAUUAAUCCCAAAAUUAAAAUCAAAUUAGUUUUUUAACUAUAGAAAAAACAACAUAUAUUAUUUGUACAUCUUGUUUAAGCCGCGAAAAUUUAUGUAAUUAUAAUUACAUUAUUUUCUAAUUAAUUCAUUACCUAUAAUAAUAAUUAUAUAUAAUCUCUUUUAUUAUAUAGGUACUAUUAAAAUUGUCUUUAAUUAUAAUAAAAUCUAUCCUAUUAUCUUGUUUUGUAAAUUACUUGUUCCAAAAUUGCAUCAUGUAUACUAGACUACAUUAUAGAACUCGCGUAACGCUUGUAAGGUGGCUAUUAUUUUAGACUUUAACACAAAUAUAAAGUAACUAGAUAACUCAUUAAAAUGUCCAUGUUAUUUAAACGUAAAACUUUGAAUCAAUUCCGAUACUGGUUUAAUAUUGAGAUAUAGCUAUGAAAUAUCGAGGGGAUUUUUUUCAGCUUAUAAAACAGAACAAUUAUGUUUAAGUCAAAAAUAACGGUCACUCUAGGGCUUAUAGCUCUGGCUAAUAAUUGAAGCAUAAAUCUCAAUUUUUUUUCUUUAUUAUUCAAAAUAAUUUUUAAUAAGUAAACAAAAAUACCAUUUUAUAUUUUAUCUUCAUAAAAACUAAUUAAAUUCGUUCUUGGGAACUCUAGGAGAACCUUUAAUACAUCCAUUAGUGACAGCAAGUCAAGCAGUUUUUGUUGGUAAAGACAAUAAAAAAGCUGCAGCUGCAGUUGUUGGUUAUCAGUUCAGACACAAAGCUCUUCAAGAAUUGUUUUUGAAUAUAACAAGCCAGGUUUCUUGAUGAUAUAUUAUAAUAGUUGUGCAAAUUAUUAACAUAAUUGAUUUAAAUUAAUUAUUUUAGUGUUAUGAGGAAGCCGGUUGUAAUAUAGUAAACGAUACUUGCCUAAACACAGAUCUACAUUGUUAUAUACUCGAUAAUAACGGUUACAUAAUUGCAUCAGAAAACUCUAAAGAAACCGGUCGUUUCUUUGGUAGAGUCAAGGGAUCAAUUAUGAAUAUGAUGGUAGAACAAAAUAUUUACAAAAAGAUAACAAUAUUCGAUUAUCAAGGUGUGUGUUUUCAACGAGAAGACAACAGCGAUGCAAAUAGUUCAUCAUUUUUGUUUACUGUAAGUACCUAUUACCUACUAAUUUUAAAUAGGUACUUAUUUAAAUAUUUUAUAUUGUUUUAUUUUUAAUGUUUUACUACGAAUACGGUGUGAAUAAUAGGGUUAGAAAAAUGACUAUUGUAUGGUUCUCAUUAUAUUUAAAUAUAAAAAGACGGACAUACUUCGCACGUGGAUUGACUGUUGUAGGUGAGAAGUUGGCAAGGUACCUAAUAGGAGGGAAAUUUAAUGUGUAUGUAAAGUAAGCAACGAUAAACCAUUGCUAACGAAAAACAAUUCUGUGCGGAAUUUAGUUGAUAAUGAAUGUUGCUUUAUCAAUAAUAUAUUAUGUAUACCUAUGUCAUAUCAUGGUAAAAUAAUUGCAUAUGCAUUAAAUAUUUGUUUAAUAUUGAGUCUACUUUUCCGUUUUUCCUACAUUUUUUUCAUUUAUUGGGAAAAUCAAAAUAAAGACCUGCUUAAAAUACGACUCCAGUCAAAUUUCCUUUCAAAAAAGUGCAUUGUAAAUCAGAGCAAAAUUGCUGGUAAAAAUGUUGUUCACAGAUAAGAAAAAAAAAAUUUAAAAAAUAAAUAUCAUUGUAAAACAAAUACAUUCCUCGCUCCACUCAGAAUCUAAAACAUAAUUACCUAUUACCCUAUCUAUUCAAAAAGGUCAAAUCAGGUAUUUUUUUUAUUUUUAUGAGAUUAACUAAAAUUUAAUGUAAUUUUAAUAUAAAUAUGAAACCUAUAUAUUGAGUACAUAUCUGGUCAAAAUAAAUAGUUAACUCGUCAUGAAUCCUGGACGAAAAGUCCUAAGACAAAAGGUCCAUGAAUAAAAUGUCCGGACUCAUUUUUUAUUGAUGGACAAAAAGUCCGAGCACAUUUUUACAUUCUACAAUAAUAACAAUAAUUUAAAAUAAGUUACAUUUUGAAAAAUGUUCAAUAUAGAUAUUGAUCACUCUACAAUAAUAAAAAUAAUAACAAUUUUCAGAUUACCAUUGGAAGUUACUAAAAUAGACGGACUGUAUUUUUUGGAAAUUUUUUUUGAACUUUUCCACCGAAUACUCGAAACAAGUUUAUAAUAAACCAUAAGUUUAUUAAUAUCCAUUAAAAACAAUUUUAUUUAUUUUCUUUAUAUGGUAUAAAUAUACUUGAAAAAUAAUUGAUUUAUUAGAUGUAGAUUUAUCUAAAUUGUGUGUAAAAGUGAUAAUAAUAAAAAAAUUAAUUUUUUGUUUUUCGGAUUUUUUGUCUGACAAUAAAAAAAAAACGAGUCCGGACUUUUAUAGUAGUAUUUAAAGCAGAAUACCUCAGAAACUUUUCGUUCAAAUUUCGAUUUAAAUAUAUAUUGACAUUUUCAGAAAUCUGAUUAACAAGUUGUAUUGAAACAUAUAAAUUCUCAUUUGAAAAACUAAAUUUGAUAUUAGUGCAAGUUACUGUUUAAGUGUUUUAAACCAUCUAAGUAUCUCGAAAUAUAGUCUUUCACUACGUACUCUUAAAAAUUCCAAAUAUCAGAAUUUGAAUUUAUGUGUAAUUUAAAAAGCAAAUGAGAUGAAACAUAUUUAAAAAAAUUACCUUGUAUUUUAUUAUAGAUGUUUAAGAAAAAUGAAUUAAUGGGGGGAUAUGUACCAUUUACCCUCCCUGAAUUGGUGGUUGAUUUAUUUUUUGACAUAUGCAAAUUUAUACACAUAUAAAAUAAAAAAAUUUCAAUAGUUUACUUUUCAUAAGUUGAGUAAAUAUAUUUUUAAAAAAAAAAAAACAUUAAAAACGAAUAGCUAAUAGGUACCUAAUUUACAUAAUCCAGUUAUUUUUUUGUUUGCCCUCACUUAAGAUGAAACAAAUGGUUUUUCUGUUCAAUUAUAGAGACAUUAAUAACAAAAUAAUAAUUAUUAAUUAUGUAAACUCUGAAAUUAUUGUUUUAGCCAAUACACCAUUUCAAAAAUUUAAUAGGAUGGUUAAUAGGACGUGUGUUAUGGUUGGCUGCUAAUUCUAAUUUUCAGUGGAUGGUGUCUCAGGCUCAAGCCAUAUUUGAAAGCAGUUUAGUAUAAUUAUAUUUUUAAUUUUAAUAAUUAUUACCUAAAUGUCUCAUUUUAUGUCAUAAUAUUGUGGUUUUUAGCAUCAGACUAUCAAGAUGACGAAGAAGUAAAUAAUAACAAGUAUGUAGGAACUCAAAGUAAUUCUAAGUUAGAAGGUGAAGCAGCAUUAAGAUACGUAAUGAUAAACCGUACUCGUCCAAAAACUUGUGACCGUGUAGUUGAUUUGUACACACUAAUUUUGAAUACGCUAGAUAAUAUCGACCGCAAAAAUUCAUGUCAUAUGUAAAUUAUAUUAUACAUGUUUAAAAUACACUGUUUGCACAUAUUAUGUUUUUAUAUCAUUUAUUACAGACCUUUUGAAGUGCGUAAAAUAAUGAAUACCAAUUUAAUUUUAUUGGUUGUUAAUGAUAGAUGCAUGACCGACAAAUUAAAGAAUAUCAAUUUUGAUACAGUGCCACAAGAAGUAGUCACUUAUGAAAACUUUAAUAAUUCGUUGAGUUGUCAUAAAGCAUCUAACAGGUUGCCACGAUGUAGACCUAAAACUGCUUGCAUAAAAACACAUCCUGAUGUAAGUAGAACUUUUUAAUUAUUAUAAACAAUGAAAAGCUAUAAAAAAUUGAAUUUAUCAAUACUUAACCUAAUUUUUAAUUUGUUUUGUUUUUCAGGAGCAUCUAAUUUAUGAAAAAAAAUGUGGCAAGGGUACAAUAAUUACGCCAUCAUUAUUCAUUUUUUUUUAUAUGUUCAAUUUUAUAUGGUUUUUAUAAUUUUUUAUUUUUAAAUCAAAAUUUCAAACCUCCUACUUAUGUUUCGAUAAUUACUUGUAAUAAUUAUUUAUUUUAAAUUAAAUGUUUUGUCUAUUGCGUCUAUUAAAAUUUAACAUGUGUUACAAACAUUUAUUAUUAUAAUCAAUUCAAAAUAUUAUCAUUCAACAAUAUAUUUAAUUUAAUAUUCUAUUAAUCAGAAUAUUAGAUUAUAAUAUAAAAUAGGAACUUAAACAUCAGAGGCGUACAUUGUGGUAACAAUAUAAUAUGUAAAAUUCAGUUAUUGUUUAGAACAUUUAAUAUAAUGUUUUUAUUAACACAAUGUAUAAUCUAUCUAAAGAUUUUAUUUACAAUUAUAACUAUGAUCUAAGACUUAUACUUCUAAAUUAAACUAAAAACUAAUAUUUAUGUACACUGAAUACCAAUUAAAACUUCAGAAGAAUUUAGUCCAAUUUACAACACUUCCUAAGACAAUAACUUAUUAAAUUAUUCAUUAGAAAUAUCAUACAUUUUUAUAUAUAUAAUAUUCUAAUUAACCCUAUAUUAUGUGCGUAGGUGACAGUUAUUACCCAAUCUAUGAAAAAAUUGUCCAAGUAUUAAAUAUUUUAUUCUAACCAUAAGUUUGUAAAUGAAAUAAUUAUUUAAAUAAAUAUGCAAAUAUUUAGUAAUAAUAAAAAGUAAUAAAUGUUAACUAUUUCAACUCUUAAUUAAUAAUUUAGUGGCAAUUAACGGUAAGUAGCUGAAAUAACUUUUGUUCUGUUCAAUAUUUUAAAGUUUUUUCCUUGUUAUUACUAGAACAUUGUGUUAUGAUUCUUUUAUUUGUAUUUUUUUUUUUUUUUAAAUUAACGUUCAAAAUAUAAAAUAUAUUUUAAAACAAAAUUUUGGUAUAACAAAUAUUUACUAAUAAUAAAUCAUUCAUUUUUCACAAUUUGUUGAAAUGUACAAUAAUUUUAAUUGUUUUUAUUGCCAUUUGCCACUUCCUAAAUUAAGGCCUUUGCUUAAGAAUGUGUGGUCCAAGUUCGCUAGCUUAUCUCACUCUCAUGAUAGUCAACCAACCAGUUUUAUAUUGGUUAAUAGCCUUCAUAAAACAAAAACAUAAUGACAUGAAGAAUUAGAUCUACGCACACAAAACAAAGAAAUAGACAUCAUAAUCUCAUACUUAAAUGGUGUUCUAUGUGUACAAAAAACUUGUUAAAAAACUCAAAUCCCGUUCACAGGUUUAAUUGCAGAUUCCCAUAAACACCUGAACUUGAAAUGUAAUUUAAGUUCUUUUGGUUUCUAUCAAAACUUGUCAAAUAAAAUUGUUCAAGGUGUUUUAUUCCUAAUAUCUACAUUUCGUAAAUUUUCCUGUUUUCCUCUAUUUUUUCCUAUUUAAAAAUCAAAGGAAUAUUAAAAAAGUACCUAACCCCAGUCAAGAUUUCUUUUCCGAAAAAAUGGUAUCAUUAUAAAUUGAAAAAAAAUUAAUGGUAGAAAUGUUGUCCACAGGAAAAAAAAAAAAUAAACAAAUAUAUCAUUGUAAAACCAAUACUUCGCUUAGAAUCUAAAAUAAUAUGAAAAAUAUAAAGAAAAGGAAUCAUGGCCAACACUUAAGAAAUUAUUUUAAGAAAAAACACUAAUAUAUUGAUCAGAAGAAGUUAUUUCAAAUGUCAGAUCUUCUAGGAAUCUAAAUGCACCUAUAUACAAAUCUUAACUCAUACAAUACUCUGUUAUUACUAAAUAUUCUUAUAUUUAUUUAAAUUAUAAUUAUUUUAAAAAAAAUAAUUCUAGUUCAAUUUUCAUUUUAUACAAGUUAAAGAGCAUUUAUAUUUUUUCAGAAAUACUUUCAAUAAACUCAUUUAAUAGUAUUUCAUUUGAUCUUUCUUGCAAUUUAUUGAUUAUGUUAUCCAAAUAUUCUCCACCUUCUAAAAAGACCAAUAAGUUGUGAAAAUUUUGACAUAAACGAUGAUCUGUGAUACGAUUUUGAUUGAAAUUAUAUGUUCUAAUUUUUUCUGAUCUAGCACUAGAACCAACCUGAUUAAAUGGAACAUAUUAAAUUUGGUUAAAACAGUUGAUUCAAUAUAAUAUUUACCUGUUGUUUCCGGGCAGACUUGGUGAACAAUUGUUGUUCUUUAAGUUGCCUUUGAUAAAUUAUCACUCUUAAUUUUUGUAAAGCUAUUUUUCUAUUUUUAAUUUGUGACCUGUCUGUUUGACAUUCAACUACAACACCUGAUAAUACAAUAUACAUUUUGAAAACAUGAUUACUAAGUAGCAAGUACUUGGGAAAAAUAAUUAUAUUUAUAUGAGAUAUAUAACCUGUUGGUUUAUGGUGCAUUCUAACCGCACUAUCAGUUUUGUUGACAUGUUGGCCACCUGCUCCACUUGCUCGCUUAGUUUCUAUAACCAAAUCUCUAUCAUUAAUCACAACUUCUAGCUAAAAUUAA